UAAAAAUGGCGGUAAAGUGACCUCAACAUAUAUCUUGUUUAUUUUCAGGAAAAAUUAGUUUUCUUUUCCUCGAAGUAGGAAAAAUGAGUGAAUUCAGAAUACACCAUCAUGUCUCAGAGCUUUUGAGCUUAUUAGGGUAAGUAGAACGGGGUUAAUAUCCCAUCAAAUAUUUCAAAUAUACCUAAAGUCCUAAGCUUAAAACUGACCGUCAUCGCAGAGCAAUGAUAAACAACUGCUUUCUGCUUUCUACAUGCAUACCCAUUUAUUUUAACCUCUACGUACCUUACAUCAAAGGUAGGUCGCAGGUUUUUUUGUGAUUUUUACUCGGUAUAUGCAGUUCCUGUUUUAUUUAACAUAGUUUCAGUUUCUUGAUUUAUUACCAGGAAAAGGCAGUGUCAAUAUUAGUUCAUAAUUUUGGAAGCAAACAUUUAACCUUGAAGAAUUGCCUUUCAAGUUGAAGUUUUUGUAAAAUCGUCUUAAUUUUCUAAACUCAAAGUACACAAUUAUUCCCCCGAAGGAGGUGAACAAUUUGUGCUGUGAACCCCCUGGCAAGCAGCACACUACAUGUAAUCUUUGGGUUUCCUGUGGUUCCUUGGGUGUUCUGUUGCUGUUAAGGCAUUACAAUCUCUUUUUUAUUUGUUAGGAUAAUUUUUAGCUGAACAACCAUUGGUAUAACUUAUUUGCAAAUUGGCCCAAGGCCCAGUUCUUGCACCGAACUUAAUAUGUAUUUGUGACCCUCCACAGGAAUUUGAUGCUAAAGGUGAAAGCACGCUCACGACACGCUUGCAUGACAAGCGUAGUGUGCCGUAGAUCACGGAUAUGCGCAUAUUAAAUUGAAAAAACAAAGACGGACACACUUGCCUUUGUUUUGGUAAAUUUAACAUGCUAGACCUUUUGUUUUUUUGUAGUGUGCCAUAUGUCACGGUAAGUGUUCGAAUUAUAGCACGCUUAGCAUGCAAUUUGGGUAAGACACGCUGAACACGCUUGAUUACUAAAACUGCUAAGAUGAUAAAAAUGGCUUGGGUUUUCAGCGGAUUUAAUCAGCAUUGAUAACUGGUGGAAGUGAAUCAAAUAUACCAAUUGAGACUGUUUUGGAAUUUGAUUGUAACCGUAGCCAUUUGAAAAUCACCACUUAAUGGUCGUCUAGCCUGGAAUUAACGCAACAUCAGUGUAAAUCAAUUCCUCCGGCUGUCAGCUGUUGACCGGAAUCUCAAAAAGGCCUGCUAUUGCAUGCAAGGCACUGAAGUUAUGUCGCCUGAAAAUUAUAGUUAUGCCACCGGAAUAUUUAUUAGCAGAUAUAUUAUUUUCAGAGGGAGAAUUGGCCAACAGCAACACGGCAGGAACUUUUGGCUUCGAAAAGCUUAAUGAAGAAAAGAUGCGAUUUCUGUCAUCAAUCUUGCACCAUAAGUUUGAUUCGCCCUCAUUUAUGGAAUAAUGGGAUAAUGUUCAUACAAAAAUAAACACUAAGUGUAGAGGGAAAAGAAGAACAGUCGUAAAAAGGCUUCAAAGGCAAAUUUAAGGUUAAUUAAGAAUUUUCUGAGAUAAGGUCAUUUAUUUUUUUCCGUGAAGUUAAGAUUUGUAAUACUUAGUGUACCUAUCUUUCUCUUUCAUGGCAUUUGUUUUUUUCUCAUGAUGCAAUGUAAUAGGAAAGCGACAUGGUAAUUUUUCACUCUAAGGUUAGCAUUUUGUAGACUAUUUCUUUAGAAAUUAGUUUCUGUGUAAAAAUUUGGUUGUAAAUAUAAAAGCGACUGUUUUUUUUAUGUCUUAUCUUAAAUUCUGCUUUGUUUUAAUUUCGUCCUCAAGGCACUACCAAGUUUCAGGAGGUGACAAAUCCACUCGUGCAUCAACGUAAAAUAGGCAUUUAAAAGAGGCAGUAAACUAGCGCGACAUAAUAAAAAAUUAUUUUCAUGCCGAGAAAGUGACUUAAGUCCGAAAGAUCACUGUUUCUGAGAAAAUUGCAAAUGUGUUUUAAAUUAAGGAAAGUUAAGAUAACCUUUGCACAGCUUCGUCAGUAAACAUAUUCCGGAAAGAACUUUGAUUUUGCAAUGCUAAUAAAGUUCUACCCAUAAAUCCAGUAGGUCCCAUCGUUCACUGUUUAUACUUUUCAAGCGACAACGUUUUUUCAAUCAGAUACUAUCGCUGCGAUCGCUGAGGUAGAACUCUUUCUUCCUCGAUAGUGACCAAAAAGGGGUGCUGUUCAUAAUCAUUUACGGUUCUUUUGUAGACGAAAUUUUUUUAGCUUAUAGAUAACACGCCUUGCGUGCUUUUGCGCACACUGAAAGCGUGUUGUGUUUUUUUCGCACAGAGCUUUUGUUCGAAAACUUUAAUACGCUCUUUUGUUCAACUUGCUCACGCUUAAUUGUCUCAAGCAUGUCCACUGAAACAAAAGAAAUUGCUAAUGAUGCAAGAUUGCAAGCGUGCUAAAGCAUGUUAAAAUAAAUUCUUUUGUUUUAAAGUGAAAGCGUGUGGUGCGCGUGCUUUCACCUUUAGCAUUAAAAUCCUGUGGAGGGUCACAUUUAGGUUGACCCAAAUAAGACAAGUUUGACAUGGGUACCGUUGAUUCGGACAUCAAACUUAUAGUCAGACUCAAUUCAUUUUCAUGAUGUACAAUGGUCUACAUUGCUUACUAGUGAAAAUUAGUUAUAGUGAUUUAUGCACUAGAUUCGGCACUUGAAAAGUUCAACAUUUGAAACAGUCUCUCCAAAGUCAAAAUUCCCAUGUGGGUCGGCCACUCAAAAGUAAUUCAUGGGUCAGUUCCUAAAUUAGGUAUAUCAGACUUAUAUAUAAUUGAUUUAAACAUUGAUGAACUUAAUUGAAAGGAUUAGGUCCACUACAUGAAAAGUUUGACAUUUGAACUGCAAAAAACACUCUCGUGAUUUUUUUAUGUUUCAAUUCUGUUAAUGCCAGCUAGCUUACUCACUGAAAUGCAAUAGAUAGUGAAUAUGUUAGCCAAUUAGAGUGCUGAAUUUGUGAUAUUAUGCCAGUUUGUUUCUAGUAUUAUUGAUUUUAAUGGUAUACAAACAACUUGAUAUGUGUCAAUUCUGUCAAGUUUGCAGAUAAUCUGAUUUAUGUUCGAAAUGCAUGACUGAUACUCUGUCCUGUCCUUCAAGUUUGUAUAACUCUCGCAUUCAAAGCAUAGUAUACUUGUUGGUUUCCACUAUCAUUGAUUAUGGUGGAACAUAAACAACUUGACAUGUGUCAAUUCCAUCAUGUUUGCUAAUUUGCAGAUAAUUUGAUUUAUCAUUCGAUGCAAGCGUUUCUUCCUUUUCAUUGACCAGAGCCCACCACGUGACCUGCAAAUAACUGCCUAUAAAUAAUGGUCUGCUCAUGUGCAAUGUCAUUCAACUGUUUUUGGCUGCAAAUACUAUUCUGCUCAUGCAUAAAUGAAACCACGCUUUUCUCCUUCUUGCGAUUGCUCUUGCAUGAAAAUGGCAGAUUGCUUCGCUUCCUGAAGAUAUUCCUUAAAAAACAACCUCAGUGAUCGAAUGAUAAAACAAUGUUAUUAUUGAACUUGGUUAUCGCAAAAUAUCAUGAUUUGUCAGUGUCGCGCAGAUCAAUUAUUUAAUAAUUUUGAUCUGCUCGCCACUGACGAAUCACAAUACCGUAAAAUUCCGAAAAUAAGCCCCUCCAUGUAUAAGCCCCUUAUAAGCCCCCCGAACCGGUAACGCAAAAACCCCUCCGUUAAAUCGCCUCUCCAAAUAUAAGCCCCUCGGUGGCUUGUACUUGGAAAAUUACCCUCAGAUACAAAAGCUUACAAAGUAAAACAAAGCAAAAACGAUAAAUUUACUUUCAACUAUAAGGUUAGCCCGAUCAAUUUUGAAACUUAAUUUUCCUUCCGUAGAUAAGCCCCUCCAAAUAUAAGCCCCCCCAAAAAUAAGCCCCUCAAAAAGGGCUUUUGAAAAAUACAAGACCCGGGGCUUAUUUUCGGAAUUUUACGGUAUUUUGCUCAACCUCGUCCAAUAAUUGCUAAUUAUGUCAUACAGCUGUAAAUGCAUGUCUGAUAACUUGUACACUGUCCAAUCCUUGCAUAUUUCAAAGCACAGCACACCUUAUUAAUUCAAUUCUUUUCAAAUGUAUUUUUAUUACAAACUUUAUUGACAAAAGGUUUAUGAUCUAUAAGUUUCUAACCUAAUACAGUGGUUUUUUUUUUCAGAGCAAGCACAGGGGAUGGCCCAGAAGUGUAUGCUGAGAUACUCACAAAGAAUUUGACUCCUUAUGUUACAACCCAGGUUAACAUAUUAUGUGUUUUGUAGCUUUAUCUCUAGCACAUUGGGCCAGCAGAAAACCUGAAACUGCAUUUAAAUAACAACUAGUUUUGCAGUUUUUACUACUAGCCUGAAUUUCAGCCGUCUUCUCGAUUUGCAAACUCCUGAGAGAGACGUCUGGAUUAACAAAUAAAUGAUACCUUCCAGUGACGUAACGAAUCACUGCCCAAAAAUCAGGUGGUGAUUUUGAUUGCUUGUUUGGAUAUUCCCAUUAUUAUGUGUAAUUUUGAGAAAUUUUAGCAGGAACGCAUUUCAUGGAGUUCAAAUUUUUUACAAUCUGCAUUGUAAACAGGAAAAUCUACUUUCCACUUCUUCAAACUGUAACUUGUUAAAUUUACUUAUAGAUGAAGAUUCGGUAUGGAAAGAUGGUAGAUUUUCAGUUAACGCCGUAUUGUAGUUUUGGCAGUGAUGUUUUUGAAGGGCCACAGCAGUUUAUCAACCUUGUUUUGAACUUGCAAAAUCUGAAAUCUUCAAUUUCUUGUCAUUUCCACUGUCAAGUGUAAUGAUUCUAUUGAUUUUUCUUCCUUUACUGGCAUCCUUUGUUAAAAGGCCCAAAGGAGCUCUGCAUUGUAUGUCCAGUCAUGUAGCUGAUAGUUUGAACAUUGAACAAGAGUUACAAUACAUGUAAAACAAUACAAACAGCUCUGUACCCUGUGCACCUUAUCCUGGCUAUAUUUAUUCUUUGUUUAUGGCUUAUUUACAUAUUACAUACCUGUUUGCAUGAAUUAAACAAAAGAGUAGUGGCAUUCUUGGAUGAGUGUGAGACUGGCUCAGUGGUGUUUGUGCAUUGUGGAUUUUUUUAGGGAAGCCAUCUCUUCUUUUGUUAGCUAUUUUGCAGUUGCACUUAACAUUAUGGUUUAUGCAUCAGCAUGCGUAUGUCAAGAUAUGAAGCACCCAGGAAGAUUGGAAAGCUCGAAAGAGAUGUAAGAGUUGCUCAAGGUGCCGCUGAGAUCAACUCUAGUCUCUUGAGUGCUCUCGAGCUCCAAACUCCGCAGGUGCUUCAUAUUUCAAUAUACGCACAGCUGAAGCAUGAACCAAUUCAUUUAUAACAUUUUCAAUGCGAUCAACGCAACAGUAACGUAGAAUUUUAUUAUUAUCAUAGGGGGCACUCAAAGCAGUACAUUUCAAUGUAUUCUAAUCCAUUUUCAGUUUGCCAAACUUUUUUAUGUAAACACCAUUUAUGUAAACACCAUUUAUCGUGCAUAGUUUCACGAAAGCUUAUGGCGUAGACUAUAAAAUCAUUUGUCUUCUUAAAGUAACCGACUAAGGAAAGAUCUGGAGGUCCGAAGAUUUCCAAAACCACAGUGUAAAUUAGACUUUGUUUAAAUAACUAUUAAAUAAUGUAAUAGUUGUGGUCAGUGGUUUUCGUUGUGAAUGCUUUCUUCCAAAUUCCUUCUUCCCCUUUGCGUGAAAAGCGGAAAGAGGUUGAAAAUGAAGAGAAAAAUAUUGAUGGCCUGCAAAAAAAGCUAAAGCGAAUGUAAAAAUCACUUGUUUCUCAUUAAUAAAAGGUCAGUGAAAACAUAGUUAGUAGAACUAUGGUGAAAAGUCGGAAUUUUUAACCUUCUGAUAAGUGGCAACCCUGAUUAAUAUAGUUCUGCCAUUGUGAGAACUUUAAACUCAGUGAAGUAACAACAGUAAAAGUAAUUCCAAAAGUGUAGUUUCAGGUAUUCUGCUGGUUUGGCGUGAUGAAAUUUAGUAGGUAGGCACGUUAAAAUAAGUUGAAGUCGUUAUUUAGGGACCUUGUUGAGGCCUCUAAUGUAAUAAAUGACCCUAAAUGUAAUGAAGGUCUAAGUGUAAUAACUUUUGGCCCCAAAUGUAAUAAAGGUCUUAAGUGUAAUACCUUUUGGCCCUAAAUGUAACAAAGGUCCUAAAUGUAAUAACUUUUGACCCUAAAUGUAAUAAAGGUCCUAAGUGUAAUUUUUUCAGUUCUUUAUAUGCUAAGGGUCAUAAGAAGAUUUCACAGCGUUUGCUUUUAGCCUUAUUACAGGUUAACUGAGUACCAAAAUGUGUCUAGGGAAUAUCAAACAUUAAAUACCCCAGGCAGAACCCCUAUAUAGCCAUUUGACUAACAACUUAUUAUUAUUAUUGCUAUCAUUAUCACUGUUAUUUUUAUUGUCAUUAUUAACUGAAAAGAAUGUUUAAUCGAAGGGAUUUGUAAAAUUAAUAGUCCUUUGACCGAAUACUGAUUAGCUGUAAAUAAGUUUUAACAGUUAGCAUUGUUAUCAAUAAUACCUCUUUAACGACGACUUGAAAACAGAGGUCCAUGAUAUGAAGAAAAUUUUUUAAGAACUCUUUAAUGUCAAAAAGGACUGACGUAUCUUAAAACUUAUGUAACAAAACAAAAGAGCCUCGUUUAUUAUAGCAAAUUUUCUCCAGAAACUGUACCUUCAUCCAUUGGAUUGAACUAAAAAAUCUGUUUCAUAGGCAAAGGCCAAAAAUGUCAAAAUUGCAGCUUGCAGUACCACCAUGAUUUCUAAUCUGGGUCAAUAACACAACAUCAGCUAAACUGUUUUUACUUUGUCUGUUAACAAAUAAGUGCAAGUAAGUGUACUUUAAUUAUUGCUCCCUCGUCCUUCUUUCCACCAUGCAUUGGUAACAUAAAACCAAGUUCCAACCUCAGCAAACAACAGCUCAACCCAGGCAUUUAUCCACCUGGGGCUGGCUAUUAUCUCUCUAAGAGCCAGCACAAAUCCACUGUAUGGAACAAAUUCUUUGCUUAACUUACGCAAGCUGAAACAGCCAUUUCGCGCAGUGUCGCGAUGGUUGUAGCUUAUUCGUGGUAGCCGACAAAUAUAACGGAUUGUGAGUUCUUUAAAGGGUUCACCAAGCUGGCAAAGGGAAUUAGAGCGGUUUUCACUUGACUGUCGAAAGUAAUUGAGGAAUUGGUUUGGUUUUGGUUUUACUACGCCCUUUGGUUGGCUAGUGUAUUUACUUUGGUUUUGGUUUUACGACAGUCAAGUGAAAACCGCUCUAUAGGUGAUAAUACUUAUGUCAGUUCCGGUUAACGCUAAGUCUAUUAUUUUGUCGAGUAUUUCAUUUGGAAGUUAACUGGUUGGACCACCAUUAUCAUCACAACCACCAUGAUAUAACUUACAGUGUUCACAGCAUUCUGUAUGGACCGACCGACAUACUCUUUUGGAAUAUGAUAAAAAAAAAACAUUAUUGUUUUGGCGCAACAUUAAAAAACCCCAUAGGCAAAAGUGGUUAAUUUACUACGAUUGUUUCUAAUGAACAUUCAUACUUCCUUCAAUUGCUAAAUUACUGCUGUAUUUUGAAAACUUUUGUGUAGAUUCCAUUUGCUUAUAACUCGCAUUUCACGAUGUAGGGAUGUGUAGUAGGAAACAUGAUCGAGACGUAAUUAAUUUAUACGUGUUUCUCCUACUUCUUGAGCGCUCUAGCCGCUUUCUAAGUUAAUGAAUAUCCAUGAAGACUACAACAGGGUGAAGAAAGUGAAUCGCCAGCUGGCUAUAUCGCAUCAGACCGUCGCAUGUUUCAGUCAGGGACUUUAUCACAUUUGGGGCUGUUAUACUACAUACAUGUAUACUGCUAAGACUUCCAUUAUAUUUAGGGCUAAAACCUAUUACACAUAUAAUUAGACCCUUUAUUAUAUUUAGGGCCAAAAGUUAUUACAUUUAGGACCUUUAUUACAUUUAGGGCCAAACGUUUUUACACUUAGGACCUUUAUUACAUUUAGGGUCAUUUAUUACAUUUGAGGCCUCAACAACCUUAUGUUCCGACAACAGCAACGUCCAUGAAAAUGCCUAUAAAAAUAGACUUCAUAUCCUCUCAAACUAUAUCAAGAUUAUCUUAAGUCACCUUGUUACUUAAAAGAGGGAAUUUAGGUUGGAGCUGAAGAGAAGGCACUGAGUCCAAGUUGAUAGAGAGAUGGUAGAAUUUAUCGCCUUGCCAUUCCUGUUCUCAAGUAAACUUAAAAUUUGGUCAUUUUAUGUUGUAGUUGCGCAGGGCUGGCAAAGAAAUUUAAGAAAAAGCAUGUGCAGAGUCAUUGCUUUGCUCAUUAGACAUAAUGGUUUUUUGACAUUCCCGUUGCCGUCACUGUCAUAGUUUUGUUUUGAUUAAUCCUAAUCAAUGAACUUCACGUUAUGAUACCCACUCAAGGUCUGGACCAGGAUAACUUGACUGGAAAUUGAAUAGUACCGUAAAUACAGUAUACAUAGCAAUUAUGUCCAAUGAAUGAAAAUAAUUAUUGAUUUUCCUCUCAUCAUCUGUCCAGGUCUCAGCCCAUGCAGCUAAACGAAAAAUUGCUGAAACAAGUACUACACCAAGGGACUUUUUAAAGAAAUAUGACGAACUGAAGUCUAAAAAGUUGAGUUGUCCUCAAUAUUUACAUUUUUAGAUCAAACACGUAUUUACAAGGUGCUUGUGGAGGGGUUGUUGUUGACGUCAUCAGCUGUUUUCUUGUAAACUUAAGUACAAUGUUUGUUUGUUGAUGUCAAUGUAAAGCAUAAGUAGAAUUUUUUAACAGUGUGUAUUUGUUUACUUGCAGUGUGAGGGAACUUGAUCCAUUGGUUUACAUGCUGUCUCGACUGGCCGAGGAUAAGCAGGUUUGAAUUUUUUGUAUUCAAGUCUCAAUUGGAAAGCUUGCAAGCUUUGUCUUUAAUAGAUUUGGCAAGGUAAAUUAAUGUGUAAAUGUAAAUGUUGUGUCUGGUAACAUUACCAUUAUGUCCCCAUGCCGUUUUACAUGCACUUAACAGCAGCAAAAUGUCUUAAGGUGGCACAACCAGUAUUUUUGUAGGCAUACCUUUCCCCUUUGGACCUCUUAUAACUAAACAUGGGUUACACAUAGACUGAACUUAAUUACGGUUGGAAUGAUCACUUGACAAUGACGUCACUAUGGUUUUAGCUCUUAAUCACAUUGCAGCCCUUAUUUGCUGUGUACAAUUUGAACUGGGUGCUUUCCAUCUGCCGUGUGAAUUUUCACAAAAAAUUUGUAAGAGGAAUCUUGAGAUAUCGUUGAAUUUCUACUUGAAAGCUAUGAUUUAUGCAUAAACUCAAUAUUGGACUUUAUGCAACCAUUUGGAUGUUUCUGGAAAGUUUUAUUGAAUUGGUGUUUAAAUCAAAAUUCAUCACAGUAAUAAGAAUUACUGUCAGUGAAUACUUCCCUCCCUUCAUACUCUUUAAACCUGGCCUAGCUAUAUUAGCAGCUGCUUCUUGAAGCCAAUCAAGUGUAAAAGGUGUUUUCCUAAAUAAAGUUACAGUUAAGUGAAGUUAUGUUGUUACAGAUGUUGACAUUCCUUGAAAAGAACACCAAAGAUCGAUCCAGGGCACGUGUAGGUGCUCUAGCCAGUGGGUCCAAGACUAGUGCAAUAGCUGCUGCCGAGGCUGUACUGGAUAGCGUACCUGCAUCAGGAACUAUGACCCAACUUGAAGUUAAUGAAGUAAGUAUGUCUUACAUGUAUAAGUAAGACCAGCAGCUUCACUUUCUGCUACACAGGUAUCCUCCUUUUUUUAUUGAAUAUUAGAAGUACACAAUUGCAGUCUGUGUUCACUUUAACCCAUUCGCCCGUGAACCACCCGUAACCGCCCGUGCGGAUCCACGUCCUUUCUACCCUUUGUGACGUCAUCAGUUUUAACGGUCAAGGACAACUUUGUCCGCUAGCUUGUGCAGAGUGAAGAGAUCUUUCAAACCAUACCAGAAUGAGCACAAUUCAGUCAAGGACACCAGAGAAAGAGGCAAAAAACCAUGUAACAUUGACCUGAAAAUCUCCAUGAAAAUCUUGUUCCAUUGCCCACCUACCUUUCCUUUCACCUAAUCCUAAGAUCCUAAAAGCUCUCCUAAAAACUAUUCCCACCAAAAUGAAGCCUACUAAAUGCCCAGCAAUAGAAAAAAAAUGAGGCAAGAAAAGCGAAAAAACAGGGGAGGAGAGAAAGCGAAAAGUAAAAGUCAAGACUGCUAUGUCACUUUUAAGCCCAAAAAUAUGUCGAAAUUUUGCUUUCUGCGCAUGCCCGAACUUCGCAAGCUGAUAUUUUGCAUCUGGAUCAGAAGGCCAUCAAGUGUACGACCUGUAAACCGGUUUGUGGUAAGUUUUAGCUCUUUAUAGCACGACAGUGACCAGAAAACCACUCGACUAGCUUCAAAAUGCGUUUUUCGGCAAAAUCUCCAGGAGGGAAUGGGUUAAUGUACCUUGUAACACAUGCUUGCAUUCAGGUCAAAAGUUUUAAACCUAGGUUGAUUCUCAAUUUCCUUUGUCUGGUAGCCCUAAUUCAUGAAUGAUUAGGGCUAGGAGAUAAAGGAAAUUGAGAAUCAACCUAAUUAAAGACUUUUAACCUGAAUUUAAUCUUGACCUGUAACUUAUACAUUGCUAACCUAAGGAAUCUUAGAACCAUUGAUGUGGUUUAAUUUUACAUUGUUGAGUUCUCUGAUUAGCUUCUUUAUUAGAACAGGUCAUCAACUGAGGAGCGACUGCACAUGAAAGGAAAUCUAAUACAAGACCUACACGUGUUUGGUGUCUUAUUACGUAACAUCCUUCCUUCUCUAAGAGGAAUGAUGAAUAAAUGAAUCAGCUAAGCCAUAUCAAGUGACAAAACAAAAACAAAGAUAAAUGACAAAUCGAAGCUUAACUGCAACUUAAGGGAAAAAAAGAGAAAUUGUUUAUAGUCAUGUCCUUAUUCUCAGUAUCUGUCUCUUGCUUUCAAUGUUUGUGGAGUGAGGGUUUACAGCUCAGUUUCUUAUAAUGUAUUAGUCCUUCAAGUAUGCUGGCUCACGGACCACUCUCCUGGGUCUGGUUUCAGUCGGCACUGACACGGAUGUCGGCCUGAAUGAUUUGUUAUGGCGUCCCAGCUCCGGUUUCUUGCUACGUGGUGGUGCAGUUGUCGCUUGUGUAGAACAAGAUUUCUGGUCGUUAGACGGUGACAUAAUUGAUAAAGGUUGGCUGGCAUAUGGGUCGGGGGUUUUGACAGCCAUUUCCUGAGUCGACUUCAGGUCUUUUGAUGCUACCGGUAUCUGGGUGGUUCAUUUCUUGUGUCUUUUGAAGAUCCACUCUGUCUUGCUUGUAGGAUGCAUCUUCUGUCGCAAUCAGGUAUUAUUGUUCAUCCAGUCUUUUUGCCACCAUUGCUUUGUCCCAUGUCUUCUCAUUCAGUGUUUAUGGUCUCAUGCGUACAACAUCUCCUUCUUGUAGUGGGGUAGGUCUCUUUUCUGUUGUAGUAGUGCUCUUACUUUUGUUGACACAUUUUGAUUCGCUUGUUGAUGUCUUCUGUGUUGACAUGCUGUGGUUUGAGGAGUUCAGCUGUUAUGGGCAGUUGGUUUUUGGUGGGUCUUCCCAGCAGUCUUUGCGCUGGACUCGAAUCCAUAUGUAUUUUGUAGCGGUGUUUCGUGCUGCAAGUAUUGCAAGGAAGGGGUCACUUUAGCUUUUCUUUGCCUUCCUGAGGAUGCUCUUGGCCGUCUUGACAGCAGAUUCAGCCUGACUAUUUGCUUGUUGAUGACCAGGACUGCUCGUCUUGUGCUCAAAGCCCCAUUCUCUUCCGAACUGAGUGAACUCUGAAGAGGUGAAUUGUGGUCCAAGAUGCUGGAUUGUAGAUGAUGUUGAUGUCAAAUCUCUGAAUCUUGCAAAACAUCCCUUGUAGUCUUUUGAGUGCAGAUCUUAACGGCUUUUUGGCAAUGGCCUCCAAGGGUUUGUGGCCGCUCUUGAUUGUGACAGGUCUGCCAUAUGUAUAUUGCUCGAACUUGUCUAGUGCAAAGACCACAGCGAGAAGUUCCUUUUCAAUCUGCACAUAUCUGGAUUCUGUGUGUGUGAGGGCAUGGCUUGCAAAAGCCACAGGCGGAGCUUUCUGUAGUACUGCUGCUCCAAGCCCAAUCUCGCUGGUAUUGCAUUGGAUUGUUAGUUCAUCUUCCGGGUUGUAGUACUUGAUAAGUGGUGAUGUGGUGGCUAUUUCUUUAAUUCAUUUGACAGCUGUGUCAUGUUCAUGGGUCCAUUUCCAUUCAUUCUCUUUGCAAGUGAGGUUUCUAAUAGGCUCCAUGACUUCACUUAGUUUUGGCAUAAACUUUGCUAAGUAAUUGACAAAUCCACAGAAUCUUCUGACUGCUUUGAUGUUGUCCAGUCUCGGCAUUUCUUGCACAGGCUUUAUCUUGUCCGGGUCUGGUUUCAGGCCCUCUUUGGUGACAACUUGUCCCAGGUAGGAAAAUUCUGUGCACUUGAGUUUAAGCUUAAAUUUGUUUAGCUUGAUUCCUUUUUCUCUGCAUCGCUGCAGAAACCUCUCUUAGUUUCUGUCCUGAUCAGCGUCAGCCUGUUCAUCAGUGUCACCAACCCCAUAUAUAACCAUGUCAUCAUGUACAUCAAGCAGACCAGGUCAGUUUGGCUGACUCUUCAUCAAGUACCAUGUGCCAGUAUCCAUUGCGGGCAUCAAUUUUUGUGAAUACCCUAGCUUUUGAUAGUUCUGGUAACACAUCUUCUAUCACUGGGAUGGGAUAUCUUUCCCACUUAAGCGCAUUAUUGAGGUCUUUUAGAUUAAUACAGAUCCUCAGGUCUCCAGAUGGCUUUGUCGCAAUCAUUACAUCGGUGACCCAUUCUGUGGGUGCAUCCAUUGGUGCUGUCCGCCUAAUUUUGUGAGCUUCUCUAGUUCUUGCUUGAGUCUUCAGCGCUAAGGGUACUUGUCUGGAAGGUCCAAUAUUUGGCAAUAUUCUGGGAUCAACUUCUAAUCGCUGAGCCCCUGGGAGGGUUCCUAGGUCUCCUUCAAAGAUAUCUUGAUACUCCUCGAUGAAUUGGUCAGUGGUCUUCAACUUGUCUGCUCCGCACGUUGGCUGUUUGAUGCCUGCUACCUGCACAAAAUUUUGUGGGUGUAUUUCAAGGAGUCCCAUGUGUUGGCUGGCUUUUGCUCCUAGAAGUGGGAUUAACUUCUCCUUCACGACGACAAACACUAAGGAAUAUUUCUUGUCAUUCCUUGGAUUUUGGAUCAUGACACCUUCACUCUUCAAUUCCGAUUUAUUCCACAUUUGAAAGACCUUCUUGGUCGGGUUAAUCUCUUUGUGUCCUACAUACUUUACAGGCAGCACAUUGACAGUCACCCCACAGUCUACAUGAAAGCGGAUUGCUUUUCCUUUCUGGGUCAUUUCUGCAUAAAUUUCUUGCGCAUUUUUACAGUGUUUGACUGUACUAAUGUAAUCGGUUGUUAUUGUCACGCAAUCAAUGUAAUCUGAUUCACUUGAGCUUUCUUCGUUUAUGUCAUCUGCAUCACUUAUCUUGAACUUUCUUCGUAUUCUUCUCUUAAACCGUGCGUCCUGUUUUUGCUGGUGGACUGGUAGCAUUUGACGAAAUGGUUGUCUUUUCCACAAGAACUAUAGUUUGCCCCCCAAGCGGGACAAUGUUGUCGGCCAAAUCGGUUAUUUCCUCUACAGAACUUGCAAGUCCGUCGUCAAGUCCUUCUUGUCUGGCAAUUUCUGGUCUUUCUGUUUUGAUUCCUUCACGCCCACAUCUGUUUUUUUUUUACACGCUUGCUUUUUUCCUUUACCCUUCAUACUUCUUCUUUUACGGAGUGACCUAGCGACUUACUCUGUGUGUUUGAGUCUUCGCUUGCCUUGCAAAUGUCGAUGCACCAUUGGAGUGUCAAUUGCUGUUGCUGUAAUAAUCUCUUAUGUGCUCUACAAUCUUUGAUCCCAACCACGAUCCUCAGCUUCGCGACGUACUGGUCUAUGGAUUCCCCUUCUUGUUGUUCUCGUUUGUUGAAGAGAUAACACUCUAAUAUUUCGUUUGUCUCUCCAAUGGCGUAUCUGUCAAAGGCUGUGGUAAUUGCAUUGAGAUUACUCUUGUCUUCUUGACUUAAAUCAAAGCCAUUGUAGGUUUUCACAGCUUGUGGGCCUAUCGAAUAAAGAAAUAGAGCAAUUCUACAUUCCUCUGUUUGUCUGUUCAACUGCAGACCACAGUUUCAUAGUUCUUCCAUUGUUGCUUGUAUAACUUCCAGAUCUCGCCCUUGUUUCUCAAGGACAGAUUCAAUCCUGUCAGGGGUUGUGUACCUUGCAAUGGCACCGCUGGUUGUACUCCAGCGGCAGGAGCUCGUUGUUCAGCGAUCGGUUGAACCUCUGCCGCUGGUUCUUCAACCUCUGCGUUGCUCAUUCUGUUUAAUUUACCGCUGCCACCGUGUUAAGUUCUCUGACUAGCUUCUUUACUAGAACAGAUCAUCAACUGAGAAGCAACUACACAUGAAAGGAAAUCUGACACAAGACCUACAUGUGUCCAGUGUCUUAUUACAUUACGUAGCAUACAAUAAUCUCUAGAGUCCACAUUUUUAGAGGAAAUUCUGCAUGGAUUUCUAAUAAAGGGCAAAAGCAGGGAGGUCAAAUCCACAAAACAAUAUUUAUGGAUGUUGACUGUUAUGCUCAAAAGUUUGACAGAAUAUGAUUUGUCUGAACUUAGAAGUCUGUGAACGAAAUCCAAGGUUGUGCUUCUUUGUUAUAUUUCUUUUGUUCCCUGGAAUUUAGAAUGUGAAGCCAUAUGCAAUGAUCAGGACUGUUAUUAACAUUUCAAGUUGGUGGUUAUAUAUGCUGGCAGCUGUAAUUGAAUAUGCAGGAACUUCGUUUUGGCUAUUGUCCUUUUGUUUCCUAUUAAAGUAGCUAGGGGUCAUGCUCAUAGAGUAGAGAUGGGUAAAUCCCUGGUCCUAAGUGACAGCCUUGAAUUAUUUUUUAAACUGAUUUUUUAGCAAUGUUGGUAGUCUUGUUUUUAUUUUCCCAGUAAUGAUUACUUCCUUCUGUUUCCAGGGUGUUCUCCAUUUAUAAUGAAAAAUUCUCUGGCUAACGUUCAGUAGCCUGUGACUAUUUUUUAUUCAGAUGAGGAGCCUCUGUCAAAAUAUUCUCCUGUAACAUUAUGUCUUUCUCCUGCUAUUAGAAUUCUUAAUCAAAACCCUGUUUCUUUUUAUUUCCCCGUAGCUUCGCACCAAACUUGCAACGGUAACAAGUAGUGCUAGCCAAUCAGGUUCAUCUCCUGAGGCUGUGUUAAAAGCCUUAAGAGAGAAACAAGCCAGGAGGACUGGUACAUACUAAUCUUAUAAGCACUUAAUGUGUGAAACUUGUAGCAGCCAUAACAAUAUUUAGCGUAAUAUGUAAAUUUGUUUGUUACUAGUUUUAUUGCAAAACUCACAAAACCAUUAACAUGAGAAAUGUUUUUGGACUGUUAUUGUGUUGCCAGGGAAGAGCUAAUCACGCAUGGGAAAACUAAACUGCAAGCAGCAACAGUAAUUAGCUUGUGGUGACUUGUGCAUGUGUCCUGAUCUUGGCCUUGAUUGGUCAUAACACAAUAAUCAUGCCUAAAAUAUUUCAGGUGUUCAUGGUUUUAGUUUGACAGUAAGAAUUCUUCAGUUCUUCUCUUUUGUAAAAACGUUUGUGGUUCCUGAAUAACAAUGAGUACAUUAAUCACUCUAAUACCCAUGCACUGUAGCUGGUAUUUUUUUCUUAAUAAAUUUGCAGUGUUCUGAAUACAAAAACAUAUCAAUCAUCAUAAGUCAUAUCAACAUAAUCAUAAGUCAAGCCCAAUCAAAAUGAAAAAGUGGCUGUUAUAUACUGUUAAUAAUUUUUUUUUUUUUAACAGGCAAUUUACCUCCAACGCCAUCCUGGGUCAGCGAACGUCCUUACCUUAGCAGAGAUUAUGUGACUGCAGGUUUAACAACUUCCUCCGCAGUUGUGAGUAUAUUAAUUUUACCUAAUUCUCAAAUACACUGAUUAAAAAUAGCCCUCUGAGAGGACAUGAGCUCAGGCAAUGAAAAGUCUGUGCAAAAACCACGUGCUUGCAAAACAAAAUCGUUCUUCAAGGCAGUCACGUUGUAGAGGGACUUCAAAUCGGCACAUGCACUUUUUGUCACUGUUUGUUAUGUGCUGUAAGUGCUUUAUAGCAUGUAAGGUUGGUUCAGCGGCCACGGGCAUUGUUAAAGCUUUCACAGAUAUGGUUCUGGGACUAUUGUAAUUCCUUGCCAAGAUUAAGCACCAAAUUUCAUGACAAAAUUACCAUAAAAAAGGUGGAAUUUUAAAAACUCCAGUGCUUUUGAAAUUAUGUAAUUUUGUGACACUUUAGUUGAGUGUUUACAAAGUAAAAGUGACAGAUUUGUGUUUGCAUUUUCUCCACAUUGUGAUUUUCAAUGUUUAAUACUACCAACAAUUAAAAAAUAGUCAUUACCAGUAAAACUUAAUCAACACAUAGAGCGGUUUUCACUUGACUGUCGUAAAACCAAAACCAAAGUAAAUACACUAGCCAACCAAAGGGCGUAGUAAAACCAAAACCAAAACCAAAACCAAUCCCUUUCGACAGUCAAGUGAAAACCGCUCUAAAGCAAUUAUGAAUGGAUAGAAAUAGCAAAGAAAUUAAUUUGGUUAAACCAACUCAAGAAUUAUCAUAAGUCAAAACAGAACACUUUUCCUGUAAUGUGAUAUUUGAAAGACCAUACCUCAUGAACACAAGCACCUUACCUUAAUACUACCAGCAAUUACAAAAUAGGUGAGUUAUCCUCCAUUCACUUAGGUGCCUUGCUUACUGCAGCUACUCUUAAAUAUGCAUUUUGUACUUUUCCCUUCCUCCCCACUCCUUUGGAAGUGUCUUUGUUGUAAUACAAAUAAUAUGUGUAUUGCCUCUUGUAUCUUGCUAUCAGUUAAGUCUCACAGAGACUUCCCCAAGGUUUGUGAUUUAGCAAUAUUUCAACUGUGAUUAGCUUUAUCUCUGUUAUUAGCCUGCAGUGCAGGCGUAUUUUGGGUGGGUGAAACCUUGUUCAUCUUCGUGAUAUUGUUGUAGCCGCCAUCUUUGAUUUUAUGACAGUGGAAGAUUGGGGAGAGUAGAAAUAGUAACCCUUACGGUAGGUGCGAGGGCGAAAGAAGGAAAGGGUGGAGGGGGAGGGGAGAAAAAAAUACGCCUGCCCGAUAUCAUUGUUCUUUUGGGAAACUCCGUACGCUGGCAAACGGAGCUCCUGAUUGGUGCGGCAUAGGGAAGUAGAUUGAUGCCUGUCAAUUAACUGUAAGUCUAUAUUGUUUAUUCCGUUUCCGUCAGUCUUUUGGAAUUGGAGUGGCUGGGAAUGUCACGUGUGUUACGCAAUGAGAAAGUCAAAGCGAUUUCUUCACUGGUCAUCAGGACAAGAUUUGCUCGCAGUACUAAAACCUACACCAUUUUUAUCUCAUGCCAAAAUGCUGCUUGUUCCAAUACGUUUUGUUUCUGACAAGUAGAUUAUGCUCUAGAGGGUUCUAUUUUUUGACUAAGCAAAUGUGAUUUUAGCCGCUUGUUUCACACUGAGAGGUCAUAACACGCUUAUUGAUUUUCUGUGGUUUUUGAAUUUCUGGUCUUCAUGAUUUGCCCUCUGAUGCAAGAGCGUUUUCUUUGACCUCUUUUGAAGUGUUAAGCUCUUUUUGUCGCUAAAUAAGUCUGUUAGGUUCUUUAUUUUUGUCCAAAGUGCCUCAGGAUCUGAAUAACUAAGCGAUUUUCUUUCUAGUCCGAGAAAAAAAUGUGAUGUUUUCCUGCAAUGUUGUAGCACGCUGGGCCCAGCUCGUUAGUUUUUAGAAUUGUUUGCAGGAUGUUAAACUCUCACGGAUACCGAUUUACAGAGAUGAGUUUAGAAGAAUGAAUUGCAACUUAAACUGGAGCUUCAUCAGCUUUGGAGUUGCAUUGUGACUCAGUCAAGAUAAAAACAAUGAUAAACUCCAGCUUGCUUUUCUUAAGACAAUGCGAGUCUUUGGACUGGAGCGACUGUUUGGUGGUUUUGUUAUUGUCGGCUACUCAUUUCCGGAAGAGCGGUCACGCGCGUCUAAUUAGGGGGUGUUUCUCAUUUUCACAGUGUUUUCGGGCAGGCGUUUUCUCUUCUCUCUCCCUGCCCCCUCCCCGCUCCCUUUGACUCGCCCCAUCUCCUCCUCUCCUCGGAAAGUUUCAACAUGGCGAUUAUCGAGUAAAUUGCGCGCUAAAAGAAAACGCCUACACUGCAGGCUAUCUCUGUUAUUUGCCAAUUAAUCAUUUUCCAAUUCAGCACUUGCCGGCGGUGUCAGCCUAAAUUGCUGUUAAUAUAGAUUGGCUUUAGCAAAGUAUGAACUACCUACACUCAUUCCAUGAGGCUGCACAUUGCUGAGGUGUAGGUUUUCAGCAUAUAGUGCUGUGGAGAGUAAGGCUUUUAGGUUGCUUGAGGUUUUGGACCUACCGGUACGAUCCUCAGCUGUACACUCCACAGGGGAGAUAGGUUUGGCUCUGGUUACACUUUUUGUCACUUGGGGAAGUCGAACAUCACGCCAAUAGCAGAGUGGUGUUCCCCCUUUAAAGCCAACAUGGAGUGUUACCUUUCUUUGCCCUUACAUUUAAUUGUAUAGGAAUAAUGGCAUAUUAUCAUUAUUUACAAUAACAUGGGAGCGCCAACGUUAAAAUAUAAUUUACAUAUCUAUUCAUAAUGUGGCUUGACAAAUGUUGUACAUUUAUUUACAGCCUGUGUCAGUUGGAACUUUACCUUUACCUAUGCAGGAGUUAGCCAUUGUAGAAGAUCUCCUGUUUCUUAUGAUGGUGAGAUUUGUCCCUUAUGCCGAUUUUGACUAGGUUGUAAAAAGUGUUUUAAAAUCAAAUUCCAAAAUUGUUUGAACCUAACUAGUUUGAUUAUCUAUCUUUUACCUCCUUACCUUAACUGUUUUAUUCAUGACCAUGAAGACCAUGAGACCAAGAGAAUUGAGAAUCAAACGAGUCCAUUUUUACAUUACUUUCACUUAUACCAGCAACAUUUAAUGCUGCAUUUAGAGCACUUGUUGUUGUGUAAUGAUUUUUUACUCAGGUGAACAAAUGUCUAUUAUAUUUGUCACUAAAUCAGUUAGCUGGUCAAUUAACUUAAUUAUUGCCAAAAUUUUGCAAGUGAGUAGUCGUCUUAAUAGUUCAAGGGUCAAAAGAAUGUGAUCAUAACUACAGUAAAAACCCGCGCAUAAGAACCUAGUGAUUAAAGAACCUACAGGCCAAAAACCCCGAAAAUAUAAGAACCUGUUCAGCCUGGCAAAGAAAAAUAGUUUCUUACAGAAAAAAUCAUUUCGAUUUUGAUGGUUGAAAUUCUGGAUUUGAAUUGUGUGAAAAACGUCUGACAAAAAGUUGGGUAUAUGUUUCCUUUGAUUAACCAUUAUGUAUUAUUUAUUAACCUUUAUGUAGUAUUAUUUCAAUAUUUCUUCUAAAGGUUACACUACGGCAACCUCUAAAAAACAAGAACCUAUUAAGAACGUAGUCAACCUGAAUUGUGAAAAACUACCCUAAAAUAUAAGAAUAGCGUGUACAGCCUGACCUCGAAAAUUCUAGGUUCUUAUGUGCGAGUUUUUAAUGUAUUUUAACUGGGUGGUCACGUGCAAACCUACAAGGCAAAUUUUCACCUUAAAAAUUAUAUUCCCAAGUAUUUGAUCUUUCCUGUUGUUGUGUCCAACUGUAAGUAAGAUUAUGUCAGACAUGGAUACAUUUUAGUGGGAUAUCAUCUGAUGACCCAAUUGUUAUUUGCAGUUCUGCAACAUACAUCAAGUUGAGUACAUGCAGGCUAUUUCGUUCACUCGUGUGAAUUGAAAUGGAGUUUCACUUGCUUUUUUGUUUAUUUUCAGGGUGUUGAGGGGAAGUAUCUUCUUGUCAAACCUCUUAAAGACAAGUUUAGUGCCAGAAGUUUCACCAUUGAUAAGACUUUAGGUAAGAGCGUGCUCUCAUAUAAAAUUAAACAUUUAGGUGAGAUUUAGCAGGGCUGUCAUCAAGAGGCGGGGGCUGGGGAUUUCCCCCUUUGAACGUGGCCCCCGCCUAUUUUCAAAGGAAAAUAGAAGAAAAAUGGAACCAAAAGAAACCCCUACAUGUAGCUGUUUGAUUCCCUGCCCACGAGUUGUAUUUACACGGCAACUUGAAAUCUUAGUGACCACCUUGAUUUAGAGUCAGUUGUGGCCUUUCAUGUAUCAUGGAAUGCAGAAUGUAAAAAGCAUACAUCAUGCAUGAUGCAUCUUAUCCCAUUUUAAAUACAGAGAUAUCAAUGUUGGAGCUGGUACAAAGAAUCUUACCUGUUUGUUCCCAUUACUCAACCAUCUGCAGAUUUAUUGAAGGUAAUCAUGCGUAAAUUGUAUUUCUUAGACAAAAAGGAUGCAAGACACAGGGUGAGACAAAAACAAGAAAAAAACGCUUGCUAAUUAAAAUACAACAAAUCUGUAGCUGCAAUGCAGGUGUAUUUUUUUGGCAAGCAAAAGUUCCUUGGGGUCUUGCAAACAUAAGUUCUUUCGCUUUACACUGCAUGCAGCAUAAAGUUGUUCUACUUGUAGUGCUAACGGUAAUUAGAUGCAGGUUUUUGAUUUCCAGUACUCAGUUUCUUUCAAUAAUGUUUUGGGUAAAAACACCCUUUCAGAUAGGGGAUAAUAUUACAGCAUUCUUCCACUUUUUGUGUGUCACCUUUCACUAAUGUGUUACCAUAGUAUUUGAAAGUUAAAUUUGACCAGCAUUGUAUGGUCACGGUUGCCUUCAAACGUACUUACAAAACUAAUGAGCUCUGUGGCUUAUUUGCUGAAAUUAGGGGAAAAUCUGUUUUACUAUUUCGAAGAAAUUAACAUUUUUUUAAAAAUGCAGAUUUUAAUAAUAUUAUAUGCUGAUAUCUCAGAUGAAUGUUUUUAUACCUACAAGAAAGUAAAAAACAUUUUUUUUAAAGUUCCACCAUUCUUUAUUGAGGAUGUCAAAAACCGUAGAAAACGGUUACAUCUUUCCUCCUUAUAAAUAGGUUUGCACGACCUUUGUAACUUCCCUGGUUUUUUUAUGCCGAGGGUGCGAGAUGUUCAUGAAUAAACGUUUCAUAAAUUUCCAAAUGUAUCCUAAAAAUGGAGUAAAGAUAUUCACAUAAUUAAAGACUUGUCUUGCAUUUGUUAGAGUUUAUUUUACUAUUUUAUGUGUUUUUUAAAACUGUGCCAAUACAGGCUGUUACAGCUCAAAUUUUUCUACCAUGUGAGCAGGCAUAAGAUCAAAUUUUUUGUCUCUAUUUUCUAUAUCCUUGAGAUUCUCACUUAGAGCAUGAGAAUAAGUAGCAGGUAUAAAGGUAAAGGUGCACACGAGCAAAGGGCCCAAACGGCCGGAGCUUAGCACGGUUUCAUUAUCAUGAAGCACCUAGGAGUAUUGCUACUUCCCCCUGGAUGGGAUGCCACUCCAUCACAGGGUUACCCCCAGCAGUAUGUCGCCGGUACCCAUUUAUACACCUGGGUGAAGAGAGACAAAGUGGAGUAAACUUCCUUGUCUAAGGAAACAACGCGACAGGCGAGGCUUGAACCCCGGACCUCCAGAUCCAGAGUUUGAGGUGUUAACCACUCGGCCACACACGCCUCCACAAAAAAUGGCAGGAAUAUUGCAUCGCUUUUGCAUGCAUUUAAUGUUAUAGUAUGGCUGGAAGUUUUUAUUUUGUUAAACAAGAAUCUUCUCAAGAGGGUGAAGUCGAGCUUGCUUGGGGGGAAAGAGGCCUCUUUUAGCAAGGAAAUUUGAUGAGAAAUGUUUAAAGAUUCCUUUUUAUCACGAUUUCGUGAGAAUUCUGUGUACAGAUCUCUGCAUUUCUCGCAUACAAGCACAAGGUACACGCAAUGCAAUAGUCUCUGAUUGUCCGAUUACAUACUCAAAUGUCAAACAGCGAGUUUUUACUUGAGAACAUGCAACAGUAUAUUGUCACAUCCUUCCUCUUUUUUGUUUUCUUUUUAAACGGAACAAUAACAAAUAAAAAUAUAGAUAUAUAUAACAACAAGAGCAGUUCUGUCCAUCCUACACCAGCAUCAUACGAAACAAGAACAAAUGUUUGUAUUGUUUGUACUGGUCAGCCAGGUUAAACGUAGUCUUGUGUGCGGGCAAUUUCACCACUCUUCUGGAUCGUGUGGUUUGGAUGGGAUGGCUUGCAGUUUGCUUAACUGAUAACUGUGGCUCGGCCCUCCUGUCUGGUUUAGGUGGAUUUGUAGCGGAUUUUGCUCUGAUGCUGUUGCUGGGAAAACGGUUGUGUAUUCUGUGACAUGUUCCUCCUUCAGGUUCAGUGAUAUAUUCACAUCAUCCCUGGUAGGUGUGGUCAUGCCUUUGAAAGACAUCACAGGAAAGCUUCUGUAGAAAGGCUCUUGAGACUUUCACAGGUGAUGGCGGUUACGGACAUACACCUGUCCAUUCUCAGUGUGAAGCUCGUAUGCUCGUAUGCCAACCUUGGAUUGUACAAUGGCCUUAACUGGUUCUUGAGCUCUACCAGGUCUUUAGCUCGUUUAUUGUAGUGAUGAGCCUGUCUAUGCUUGCACAGAAAGAACUUCUUGUUGACAUUAACGCAAAGCUUUGGUAUAAGGAGGUUCGCAGUAGUUGGAAGUAGGUUUUUUGUCGUUCUUCUCAUUAGACGUUGGACAGGGCUUGAGUCGAGCCCUUGGGUAGGUGUGUUUCUGUGUGACAAGAGUGAAAGGCAUGGAUCUGUUCCAGCUUUCUUUGCCUUCUUCAUCAAGGUCUUGGCUGCUUUGACAGCUUGCUCUGCCUUCCCUUUGCUUUGUGGAUACCCUGGUGAAGAUGUCUUGUGCUCAAAUUCCAGUUUAUGACUAAACGCUUUGAAACUGAGGUCCAUUGUCUGAGGUGUACACGUCCAGAAUACCAUAGCAUGCGAAGUGGGCUUUAAGCUUGUUUAUGACAGUACAAGAUGCAGUGUCUGGCAGUGCAUCAACUUUCCAGAAUCCAGAGUAAUAAUCCACUGUGAUAAGAUAAUUGAGGUCAUUGCAGCUGAAGAGGUCUGUCCCAAUUUUCACCCACGGUCUACUUGGCACUUGAUGAGAAUGCAGCGUUUCUUUUGCUUUCUUGCUGUCAAAGGAAUGGUAGAUGCUGCAUUUGUCCAUAUAAUCCUUAACAGCACUUCUCAUGCUCAGCCAAUACAAACAUUCUCUGGCUCUUCUAAGGUAGCCUUCGAUCCCAAUGUGGGCUGAAUGAAUUCACUCAAGCAUAGUGCGUCUGAGGGUUGAAGGGAUCACGGCUUGAUUUCCACAGGAUAUUAUCCCAUCUUGUUCACUUAGUUCAUCUCGGAAAUGAAAAUAAUGAACUGCUUCUUCGGGGACUUCAUGCUUGUCUGAUGGCCAGCCAACUGCUAUAACUUUAUUGAGGGUCUGCAGGUUGGGGUCAUUUUUCAUGUGAACACUGACGUCUUCUAAAUGAGCUGCACUGAUUGGAAGGCAUGAGCCAUACUGAUACUUUCCAACCCUAACUCAAACGGUGUGACUUCCUUCUGUAUAUAAGCUCUGCUCAGGGUGUCAGCCAAUUCCAUUUAGGUUCCUUUGCGGUGCACCAGCUGGACAUCGUACUUUGCAUUCUCAGUAACAUACGCUAAAGGCGCUUUGGAGCCUUAAACAACGACUUCUUCACAAUGGACUCUGGUGGCUUGUGGUCUGAGUGUACUAUGACCAGUCGUCCGAAGGUGCAUUGGUGAAAUUUCUCUAGGCCAUAUAUCACAGCCAACAGCUCUUUCUCAAUUGAGCAUAAUUUCUCUCACACUUAAUCAAUGUGCGACUAGCAAACGCAAUGGGUUGUCCCUUCUGGAGAAGGGCAGCUGCCAGCCCUGGUUGGAAGCAUCUACUGCAAAAUCAGAUCUUCUCGUGGAUCGUAGUACUUCAGUACUGCUGCUUUGGUUACCAAUUGCUUGAUACGAUUCACAACUGUUUCAUGCACAGAAGUUCAUGACCACUCGGCAUCUUUGACUGUCAGCUUCCGGAGUAGUUCUCAUUCUGCGCUUAGUUUAGGCAGGAAUUUACCGAGGUAAUUGGUGAAGCCGAUAAACCGUUGGACCCCAGCAACAUCUGUGGGAGUUGGCAUCUUCAGCACAGCUCUUAGCUUCUCUGGGUGGGCUUUCAGGCCUUCGUUGCUGAUGACAUGUCCCAUAAAAGGAAAUUCUUUCCGGUGUAACUGUGCCUUUUCUUUGUUUAGCUUUAUAUUGUGCUCAUGGCAUCUCUUCAUGAAGGCAUGCACUUUUGCGUCAUGGUCUCACAUUGCUUCUUCCGUUUCUCCUUCUCCAUAAACAAGAUGUCAUCAUAGGAUGUCAUCGAAGAUUGAAAGCACAAGUGGAAGUCCCUCCACUGCUUGAUGCUGACAUCUUGUUUUUGUUUUGUUUUUGUUUUAUCAACUUUAUUGGUCUGAGUCUCUCUAAAUAGAUAGUUACAGUAACAAAAAAAAAAGACCAAGGUAAGGUGCAAACGGGACCUGGCGUCCCAUACAGGGCACCUCCCAACUAAAUCAGUAAAAAUCUUAAGAAAUGCUUAUUUUACUAUUGUUGCCAGUGGCACCCACAAUUACAUGCAAGGCACCAUGAACAUGGUUUAUCGGGGUCAAAGACAUUUCCUAAUUCAUCUUUGUACAAGUUAGUUAUACUAUUCUUAAAAGUCUUUAUGUUAUGUUUAGAAAGUCACUGGCCUGAAUUAAUUUACAUAUUUGGUUCCAUAAUUUAAUGCUGUGAUUGAAAAAGGAGGACUGAUAGGUAGCUGAUUUACAGAAGCGCGUUUCCAAAUACUUUAUAUCACUUGAUUGAGAUCAUCGAGUAUGGCCUUGACUAACACUCUUAAUAAAACUAAUAUCAAUAUCAAUAUAGCCAUAUAAGGCCUUAUAAAGAAAUACUAAAUCCUUGACAUUGCGGUCAUAGGUAAGCGGUAGCAGAUCCAGAUGGAUCAGUCUCUCUUUGUAGGACAGUUCACCUUGCUUAAUUUGUAGAAUCCAGCAUGUAGCUCUUCUCUGAACUCUUUCAGCUUUCUGCUUUAAAGUUGAGUGGCUGGGAGACCACACUUCAGUUACAUAGCUCAUUUGGGACUUCACUAGUGCCAGGUACAGGGAUCUUGUAACCUUGAGGUCGGUCAGCAUGGGACAGGUACGACGAAGAAGCCCGAGUAGCUUAUUCGCUUUAGCAGUAACCAUGAGAACUUGAGUUUCCCAUGUUAAUCUGCUUGUUAUCAUGACACCGAGAUCUUUCUCCUUAUUCACGCGUUGAAGGUCAAGGUGGCCAAGGUGGUAGUCAUAGCGCACUGGAUUUUUCUUUUGCGUCACUGUUCAGACCUUGCACUUUGAUGCGCUGAAAUUAAUAUUAUUGUGAAGACUCCAGGAAUCCAGGUUUGUUAGGCUUGCUGCAAUUUAUCUGCAUCAUUGUAGAUAUGAUAAGCAAUUUCUAAACAGCUUGAAUUGGUUUUGUUUGCAUAAAGGGCUGUCAGAGUGCCAUCAGGCUAGGCACUUGGCAUGUGGUUGAUAAAGGUGAUGAAGAGUACUGGACCAAGCCGACUUCCUUGAGGCGCUCCGGAGGUUGUAGGGGCCCAACUGGAGGUAAAUCCAUCUACAAUUACUCUUUGCUGACAGUCCUCCAGAUAGUUCUUGAACUAGUCAUGUAAAUGUCCAGCUACUCCAUAUUUCUCAAGCUUCUCAAGGAGGAUGGCGAGGUCCACAGAAUCAAAUGCUUUGGCAAAGUCCAGAUACAGAAUAUCUGUUUGAAUGUUGUUAUUGGGGUUUUUUCCAAUGGAAUGUAGGACUGACAGUAAUAAUUUCUCCUUUGUCUUUGGAAGACUUCCAGCACAGAAGACAGCCUGAAUGGCAAGUGAAGCCAUCUGUAUCUCCAAAAAGGCGUGUCGAAGGUUGUGAGUUUUGAACUUGCUUCAACCAGUUGGAUGUGCCAGAAUCCAUUUUUUAUGUCAAAGGUACUGAAGACUUUUGCUUUGGUCAGUUGCGGGAGUAACUCUUCCAUCAUAGGCAAUGGGUAGUGGCUGCGUUUCACUACUCUGUUUAGGUCCUUUGGGUCUAGGCAGAUUCGCAGUUGGCCAUUAGGCUUUUUGACUGUCACCAUACUAGAAACCCAUGGGGUAGGCCCAGUUAUUGAUGCUAUUAUCUCCAUUUCUUGCAGCUUCCUGAGCUCAUCCUUCAGUAAGGACUUUUUUGCACUUAAAAGUGCAAAAGGGACCCUUCUAGGUGGGUGAACAACUGGUACACCUCCCUCCUCUAUCCAAGUGGUAUUUUUCAUCCAUCUCGCCAGUGCCAUUGAAUAUGUCCAGAUACUGUUGCAGCAGUGUAUCUUUGGUUAAGAAUGCACGGUUUUCCUCCUACUGCUAAAAUGUUUUCGUGUUUCACGUGGACUUCCAUCUGCUGACUGGAUGGACUACCCAGGUGUGGGGGGCAAUGAUUAUUAGCUAUGACUACGAACUCUGUUUUAUAGGACUUGUUAUUCUUUGGAUUCAUCACUGUAACUGUACAGCGGCCUGUGGGCGUCACUGUAGACUUGUUGUACAUUGUGAUAACUCAAGUAGUUGUUUGAAGUUCGCAUUUGCCCAGACAUUUGUCAAGGAGGCCUUGUGUAAUGAUAUUACAUGUCGCUCCACUAUCUAUCUGAAAUUUGACGGGCUUUUCCCCAAGAAUGCAUCAUGGCAAACAAUUUUCGUGGGUAUUGUUGUGCUGUUACAGCAUUCGUUUGCAGCUCGGGUGUCAGUGCGAGCACAUUUAGGUCAUCAUAAUCGCUUUCAACAUCGCUGUACUCUGCGUGUCCUGUCUGAAGUUGACAAACACUCUCCUUCUUGGGCCUUGAGAGACAGACAGCUGCAAAGUGAUUUAUUUUGUUGCAGUUUGAACAUUUUGCCAUACGCCGGACAGUUUCCCAGUUCGUGACAAUCCCUGCGGUAUUUGCAUGCGUUUCUUUCAAAGGUCUGUGGCUGUUUGUUUUGCCUUUGCCUGCCUGUAACAUUUGAUCCCCUCUUGCGAUUGCUAUAAUGGAAUGAUCUAUUAUUCUUUAAACUAUGAAUAGAUUCAUUUGUUUCAAUGGCUUUCUUUUGUUCUUUUGAGAGCUCAGCGGCCCGACAGAUCUGUAUACGUUUAGCUAAGUCUAGGUUUUUUCCCUUCCAUGGUUCCUCCCUCAAAUGUGAGUCUAAUAUGCCACAUAUUAUGCAGUCACGCAAGUGUGAAUCAUGGAGGUCUCAAAAUUACAUGUCGCUGCCAAGAUUUGCAAUUCUGUAAUGAACUUUUCAAAGGACUCUCCCUGUUCCUGAAACCGUGUAAAAAAUUAUAUCUCUCUACUGUCUCACUUUCCUUUGGAUCGCAUCGCUUAUCAAAGGCUUUAAUAACUUAAGCAAGGGUUCGAUCGCUGGGCGCAGUGGCAAAAGGUAAGGUUUCAUAGACUUCACAGCCCCCUGUCCCAGUGAGAUAAAGGAACAGUUUUACCUUCGUGUCUUCAGGCUUACCAGCCAUGGCGAGAUCCAUGUAUUAGGUGAUUUCUUCUUUCCAUCUUUUCCAUGCAACCUAAGGGGAAGAUCGUCAGCUUCAAAAUCUAGCUUUUCAGGCGCAUGUAGCUGUCCAACACAUGCGUAGCUCGCUGUUGAUGCUUCUGCUUGUGUCUCUCUGGGAUCUGGUAUGUUGACAGUAAAUUCGAUUUCCUGACUUGCUUCUCAACUCGAUGUAUUGCUUGGGUUACUUAUCUCCUGACACCAUAAUUAACGAUUCAUUUAAAUCAAGCUUGACAUUCAAUCAACAACGUCAUUCUAAUCCCACUUCUCAUGUCUAAGGAUUCAUUUUAAUCACAAUUUCAUGAGAAUUCUGUGUACAGAUCUCUGCAUUUCAAGCAUACAAGCACAGGGUACGCGCAACGCAAUAGUCUCUGAUUGUCCAAUUACAUACUCAAAUGUCAAACAGCAUGUUGUUACUUGAGAACAUGCAACAGUAUAUUGUCACAAGAAAUAAGGAAGUGAUUAAUUCUACACAAAACAGGAUUUCCUUGCUUAAAAUUUGUCACGUCCUACUUUAUCGAAGUUCAAGUUUUCUUCUGGAUAUUUACUGGAUAUUUAUUUCUUCUUUCUUCUGGAUAUUUACUUUUUAUAUCAUAUUUGACAGUUUGUUUCUGAAUUAAUUGAGUACGGGUGUAUAAAUACGUGAAUUCAGGGCAUCGAUUCCACAGAAAUUACAUUACUGCCAGAGAGCAAAAACAUGAUGAACAUGGUGCAUAAUUUCAGUCAUCGACUUAGUUGGGUACAAUGAAAGUUUACAACACCUGACCAGUUUACUUUGCUCAUUAAGAUUCUUCAUUUUUUUGGCCACUGAAGUCUUUACCUGUUUCAAAGUGAUCACUGCUUUCAAGCAAUAGGGUUUGUGGACCGACCCUUUCCGGAAAAGCUCAACAUCUUUCACAUUAACCUUUCCUAAGCUUUGUUCACAAAUUAUACAAAUGCGCUCUGAAUAUGUUGUCGGUCACAAUUCUUAUCCCCAGUUCCCAUGGCCUCUGCUAGGAAUGCCUGGGACCAUGAUCCUCUUUUGGUGGCACACACAAGAAAAAAACUUGCAUUUCAGAGUCUUACUACUAAAGCAAGCUUGACUAAUAAAUUAUUAUUAUUAUACUGGGAUACCAAACAUGACAAAAUCAAACAUAGCCUGUAGCAGUCACUAAUCCAUGUACAACUUAAUCAUAGACACAAGGGUCUUUUAUCCUGCGUAAUAGAAUAAAAAAUGUUCGUACGAUAUUUUUAAUAAGAAUUGUUUACUUUUUUCCAGGCAAGUCAUCAUUUGAGCAUGGCAUUGUUAAUCAUGCCUUGUGUGCAGCAAUGAAGACAUUACUCAAGGUUAGAAUGCUGAUUUUUAUCACUAACAUGACCAUGUUAGUUCCAAGGCUGAUUUUGAAUGUUAUAUAUACUAGUACCCUACAGGCACCAUAAAAGAUUGUGAGGGAGUUUAUACUCAAGGGGCAAAAAGUAAGGCCUUAAGACAAAAGAAGCACUCCACUUUUCUCAACACUCCAGUUGCACUGCAGCAAUUUUCUACCCAUGUAGAUAGUAAAUACUGUUACAUAUUAAUAAUUUCUGUAAAUUUGACAAGUAUUGUAUUGUUUUGUGUUUAUUUUUGCUAUAAUAAAUAACAUUAAAUAAAAGAAAUUUUUUUUACCCAUGGGCAAUUGUCACUCAAGAGCUAGGCUAUCAAGAAGAGGGAGUCCUCAUAGUCUUUAUUAUAAGACUAAGUAACCUUCUUGCUGUCAGCUUUAAUUAGAUCUAACCAAAUUACAAUAAGCAAAGAACAAAUGAUUUAAAAGAGUAGAUAGGAUUGUGAAAUUGAAUAGAAUAUUUAAUUUUAUUGUCUACGUCAUGUAGCUUAAAAUGGGUCAUCAUUGCCGGUCAUAAUGAUACUGUUCCAUUGACCAAAGACACCAAAGAGUUCAAAUAUGAAGGAGGAGUCAUAUUUUACAUGUACAGUUCGAUGUAAAAUUAAAGUAAACAUGUCCAUUGGCACUCGACCUUACAAUGUCGAAAAUGACAGAAAGUAACCUAAAACAGCAACAAAAUUGACUGUACACUUGCUUCUAUGACAGCCUCCGUAUUUAGACAAAACAGUUCAUAUUUUGUACAGUCUGGUUUUCCGGUUAACAACUUCUGGUUAUCAACAAUCAGGUUAGCAGCUGGUCAGCUUAAAUGAGUCUAAGAACUGAACCCAACGCUCUCUGCAUGACUUUAAAUAGCGCAGCUUGCAUAAACAAAAGUACAUGCAUCAUUUCAAAUUUAAACAAAGCCCGUGUAACAUAAACUGGAACAAAGUGGCUUGGCGCACAAUUGACUCAAAUAGUUGAACAGACUGUUCAGUAGAACAGAUACCUUUUUUUGUGUUAGUGAGCUUUCAUUGAUUUUGCUCAUUCUGUAAUGAUUUUGUUUUGUUUUGAAAGGAAUAUCUCAUUCUUGUUGCACAACUGGAGCAUCAAUUUAGACUAGUAAGUGAUAUGGUAGCAAUAGUCCAGUUUCGAAUUUGUCGCGGCCGCUGAAUAGAAGCACAGAAGACUCAUUAGUACAGGGUUAGCGCUAUCAACCUAAAGUAAAAUAUUCACAAAUACCAGCGAGAAGGUGCCUGAAUUUGAGUUAAAAACAAUAGACACAGUUGUACACAGGUCUUCUUCUCACUAGAAUUUGUAAAUAAUUAAUUUUAUUUACCCUUAGGUCAAGGCUAUAACUAUGUAUAAAUGAGUCUUCAGUGUUUCUAUUCAGUGGCCGCGACAAACUCGCAACUGGACUAUCAUGUCAUGCAAAGCAUAACAUAAUUAAAGACUAGGGCAUGGUAAAUCAAAGCAUGAAGGAGAAUGGCAGAUGGACUAAAAGUGUACUGAGAAAUUGUGCUAAAUACAAAUGGAGUUUUAAUUAAUGGUUUUAGAUUUCUGUUAGUGGUAAUAUGAUUAUUCAAGGAGAUACAGUCAAUUCUAAGUUUCUAAAAUGUAUAUCAGUGGGACUGGCACUUAGUGUUCUUGGAGAUGUUUCUUCCUUAUGGAGAGUUAAUACAGUUUAAGCCCCCAAUAUCCACAUACAAAUUCUCCAGACUGGUCUACAGCUGUACAUACAUUUCUUGAAAAAUUAGUCGAGAGAGGUUGAUAAAAGCUCAAAGAAAUUUCCCUUAAGUGAAAACUCUUAAUUCUCAUAAUUUUUUUCUUGAUUAUGUAUUGAUAUAAUAUUGUUAGACGAAAAACGUGUUUUACUUUCUUGGGACUCAAUCUAGGAGUCCGUUUUUGGAAGUUGUCCAUCUGCUCUUAAUCCUCUUAUGAAGAUGUUCCUAAUGAGAGAGUUCACUGUAUACCAGGGUCCCCAAUGAUGAUUUCCUCCUAAAUACACUGAAAACACUUUUUAGGCUUUCCAAAGUACUUUUACAUCCUAAGCGGUGCUAUAAAAUUUGUAUCUGUUCGGUCAUCCUAGGGGAAUUUGAGUCUUUUCGAAAUUACAAGGGCUUCAGGUUUUCCCUAUUCCCUAUUGUUGACACGGUGAACAGUGAAAAACAAUGAAAUCAUUUCAUGUUAAAUAGGAAAACUGACUGCUGCACUGGAUAGAAGCCCAGCGUAAUGUAUCAACACCAGUCCCCAUUUAUUUAUACAAAUACAAACACAAUGUAAUAAAGAUGAUAUCGUGUCUGCUGCCUAAAAUAGCCUAAGUUGGGGACUGAAAUGUUAAAAAUUAAUAAGCGUCGUAAAUUGUACGUGGAUGGAAUGGUCAUCUAGAAAUUUUUACCAUCCUCAAGUAAUAGAAAAUUCUAGGCAAUAUUUGCUUCUCCGAACAUAUAUUUUUUCAGAAUUGGGUGCCCCUGUGUAUAUGGCCACUAGAAAGUGCAAAAUUUCAUUUGCUUGGAUUUAGGACAAUUAUUAAAAGUUUUUGUCUGUUUAUAAAGCAGCUUCUUCUGUCUUUACCCUUCUGUAGGGGCAGCUGUCACUACAAAAGUUGUGGUUUUACAUCCAACCUUGCAUGAGAACUAUGGAGAUUCUCUCAUCCAUUGCAGUGGCAAUUGAUAAGGUACAGUAUUAUAAGACUUUAAACCUGGUAGCGUGGCCAAGAAGAACCAGUUAGGGAAAAUCCGUGGACACCACUGGUAAAAGUGCCUUAAAAUAAGUAAACUUGUCUAGUUUGAAAGUGAUACGUCUUAUUACUGAGCGAUGAUGUAGCUCCGCAAAAUUGCAAAAAUUUUCAGGUGAUUAUAUGGUGGGGGGGGGGGGGGGCAAGUUUGGCCCCCAUGCCAAAAAAAGGUCUGAAAAAUUUGGCGACUUUGAGGAGUUAUUUUUUCGUUCUUUUUCAAAAAAACCUUUUCAAAAUUAGCAGUUUUCCUAUUUUAGUUAUUGGUUUUUCCUAAACUUUCCAAUUUCAAAAAUUAAAAAAAUUGUAAAAUAAAAUCGCGUGACCACACGGGGAAAAGGGCCUUAAAAAAAAGAAACUUUUUUAGUGUAAAAGUAGUAUGUUUCUUUUCUGAGGGUGGGUGGGGCCCCCAAAAAGCGGAAAAAUUUUGGGGUGUUUUUUGGGGGGGGGGGGGGGGGGGCAAGUUUGUGCCCCAUGUCAUACAAACGUCUGUAAAAUUUGGCGACUUUGAGGAGCUAUAUUUUCGUUCCUUUUCAACAAAACACUUUCAAAAUUAGCAGUUUUACUAAUUUAGUUAAUGGAUUUUCCCUAACUUGUCAAUGUCAAAAAUUGAAAAAACUGUGAAAGAUCUAUUCCCACCCCCUUACUGUAUUAAGAAGUAAGUGUAAAAGACCACUAACAAAACCAAUAAUAAUUUAUUUAUUUGUACAAAUAGUUUGCAAUUAUUUCACCCACAUAAUAAUCAAGACUAUUCGGGGUGGGUGACUUUACAAUAAAGGUCAGUUAUAGUAAAACAAAAGCAGAGAAAGAAAAACAAAAUGAAUAAAGAGAAAAGCUAACAAGGUAACAAGUAAAAUAAUAUUAGUAUAAAGUGUAUACCGUAACUAAUACCGAAGAAAGAUUUAUUAUUGAUAGCAUAGUUAGCACAGUGGAAUGGUUAUAAAGUGCGUCAGACUCCUUUGUUAUAAGUUUUUGUAAACCUGAUGGUGCACAAUGUUCAAUUCCCCAUUCCAGAAACUUUAAGGGAAAUGGGUACAAGCUUUCGGCUCAACCAUUUCUGGGACCAUUUGGGUGGACAGGCAAUAGUUAUGAUUGGUCGAUGGUACUCAAGGCAACCAUUAACUAAUCACAAGUAACGCUUGUCCAACCAAACAAUUCCAGAAGUCGUUGCGCCAAAAGCUUGUACCCAUUUCCCUUAUACAUGUUGUUCCUGGAGUGGGGAACAGCAAACCUUUCAUUUUGGUCUUAUUGACCAAUAAAAACAUUGCAUUAAUUUAUUAAGUCUCUAUUUGUGAACACAAAAUAAAGGAUUGUACACAUCACGGAGCAUCCAACAUAAACUGCAGCAUCGUUGUUUUUGUCUUUGAUGUUUGCCACCUUUCUUAACAAGUCCCUUUUACUAACCAUGGUGAAAGAAACUAUAAAUCGUAAGAAACGAGAAAACUUUAACUGAUUAAAGAGUUAAGGUACAAAAUAGUAAUUAAAUAGAGCUUAUAUCAACAUGUAUCCCUCCACAGUCUCCAAAACCUCCAGCACUAAUUUGUGUAAUCCACUUUUUGUUUUUGUGGAUUCAUUUUUAUUGCCCAGUAUCACUGGCUCGACCUUCCCUAUUCUACAGUCACAUCUGAGUGUCAAAUCAGUUGAUGCUAGACUAGUGUAAUUCACAAUUUUUCUUAAUUGUAUAUUCAUCAAAUUAUCUUCUCAGGGAAGCUGCAAAGGAGGAGCUGUGCUAACAUUAUUGCAUGAAAAAACUGUUGGAUAUACAGGGUAAGAAUUUUUUCUUUCCUCGUUCUAAUUUGUAACACACCGUUCAAAUACAGGAUUUAAUUGAACUUCAUAUGUACCUUUUACAGGGACAGCAAAUCCCAGGAUCUGUGCUUGUUCCUCACUCAAGCUGUGAGUAGUACAAGUUUUUAUGGAUCAAUUUAGGUUUCUGGGAAACUGCUCACCUACCCCUCCCCUAAGCCAACAUUAUCACUUACCUCUCACUUAGGGCAAAUGUUGGCUUAGGGGAGGGGUAGGUGGGCUGUUUCCAAGAAUCCUAAAUUGAUCCGUUUUUAUUUGCAUCUUUUACCUGAUAAAGGCCAUUUGAUAGUGUUAACCCUACUCUCCUGAUAGAGGCCAGAACAAAUCACCAAAAAUUUAAAUUUCUUUUGAGAAUAAAAAGUACAAUGCAAAAGUUCUGCCACAGAGGUUUGGUUUGAAUGGUAACACCAUAGAAUUUUAUCCACAGAUUCAAAAGUUAGAAUCAUGACUAAUAAUCUCGCCAUAUCAUUGUAUUGUGAAAGAGCUAAGUAGUAACUAAUCACCUGGCUCCAGUUGUUCGACAGGUGAAUAGCGCCAUCCACUAGAUAAAUAGCUAUCCAGUGGAUAACGCAAUUGGUUUGCGUACUGCUUAUCUGCUGGAUAGCGGUGGUAGCACUAUCUAACUUUUGAACAACCGGGCUUCUUAGAAAGAGUAGCCUGCACAGCUGAUUUUAUCCGUGGGAGGCAUUUGGGGCAUGUGGAACCAAAAAGAAUCCUGGAGUAAACAGACAAACGGGCAGGCAAAACAGUUAACCCUUUCACUCCCAAGAGUGGUGAAAGUCAGCAUUCAACAAAAUUUCCAAAUUUUAUUCUGUAAAAUUUAGUCAAAAAAAUGGUACAGUGUGAAAGUGCUGUUAAAGUGGUUUUAUUUGAAUGGUCACACCCUCGGAUUUCGUCCACAGAUUUAAAAGUUAGAGUGACAACUGAGUUGGUAUAACUAGUUCUAGGCGUGAAAGGGUUAAGGAGUCUCCUUUCCCCUCCUCCUGCCCCCCUGUCUUAUGGAUGACAGGGUUACGGAAUCUUCUUUUCCCCUCCUCUUGCCCCCCCCCCCUGUCUUAUGGGUGACAGGGUUACGGAAUCUUCUUUUCCUCUUCCUCCUACCCCCUGUCUUAUGCCCACCCCACUGAUCACACAUUCUGGUCUCUUCAAUUCUCUGAACACAGGCGGAUCAUCCAAACUGUUCGAGGCAUGGUGAUGUCACUUGCGACAUGUGAUCGCGUACAUUAACUGCAUUUUUUAACGGCCGCUCCCGGCUCUGUUUUAUUAAGCAUUUCUCCUGAUCACUUGAAUCAAGCCGAGAGCGAAGAUCACGUGUUGCGCGUGACAUCACGAUGCCUCGAACAGUUUGAAUGGUCCGCCUGUGCUCUGACAUCCACUCAGGGAAUACUGACACUCACUUUCCGAAAAAAAAAAAAAAGACCACACUGCAGUAUACAGCAAUUGUACAAUCCCCAAUUUUUGUAUCGUUACUGAAAUUAUUUUCUUAACCAAGAACUUACUUUUGUGUAUGUGUACAUUGUUUACGCAGUUACCUUAAUGUCUUAUUACAGGCAUGUGUUCCUUACUUUGAUAUCCUUGAGCAGUGGAUUUACAAAGGAAUUAUCAGUGAUCCAUAUUCUGAGGUGAGAAUUUUUGGAAAAUGCUGUUUCUUUUUAACCACAUGUUUUUGUGUAAUUACUUUUUCUUGUCCUUUCAGUUCCUGGUUGCAGAGCACGGCUCUGUUCAAAAAGAGAAGCUCACUGAAGAUUACAAUGAUGCAUAUCCUUUGAUAUUCCUCUCUUUCUUAUGGAUAGACAAUAGUCUCCGUUUAUAUGGAAAAAAGUUGUCCGUGGAAAGAGAGUCACCCUCCCAGCUCGGUCAGCUUAAGAGAGAGCUUAUAUGAGAUAAAGUUGACCCCUUUGCCUGAACCAAGAGCUUACAACAUCGCUCGCGCAUGCUCUGAUUGUCUCUCCUUGACCGAGCUGACCCGGCUGGGCGAGCUAAAGUGUUUAUAUGGAGAAAAGUUGGCCUGGCUAAGAGAGGGGCCCUACCAUUGAAAAGUGUGACCCUGCUUGGCGGGUUACCCGUUUAGCCGAGCUGAUGUAAAUGGUUUACCAAAUUUUGCAAGGAAAUGUAGGAAAAGUUGGCUCGCCCAGGGUAGCUCAGGACAAGUUUUCUUUAUAUAGACGUGGCGUAAGUCUUAUUACUACAGUAUUAAACAGAAUUCUUUUUCUUGACUUUUGUUACAUAUUGGGAACAACGAUAUACAGUUGUCAGAGAAAACAUUCCUAUUUUCUUGGAAAAGGUAAAUUUUUACUAUUAAUCCAAACAAAUAUUCCUGUUAACCCGGUUCAUUUUGUGUGUACCUUUCAAUUGUAGUAGAGGAGGAAAAAGAACAUGCUCCUUCAUACUGGGAUAACCAUACAAUAGCUGCCUUGUUAGCCUGUCACCAAAUUCGAUCAUCCUGAAAGUGUGUUCAAACCAUCUCAUUCAAUUCAGGAGAGAGUAGAAUAAGCCUGCUAAAGGUGCCUUUAGAUGCCUAGUUGUUAUCCUGUUUCCUUUAGCUUUAUUUCCAUAUAAUCGUCCGGAUCAUCAUAUUUCGAUCGCUUGAGUCGUCUUAAACUGUGCUAAGACAAUCCACGCAACUAGCUAUAGACUGUUAAAACGAUUAUAAGAAAUCACCUCAAAUGUAAUGAGAAACGAUGCAGGCGACUGGGGGGGAUCGCAAUCGCCUGUAUGAACUGAAGUUUGUAUGUAGGCUGGUCUCACUACAUUCGUCCCAGACUCGGGGCGAUCGAGUCGAUCAUACGGAAAUCCCUUUGAUGUAAUGCGAGACUAUUGGACUCAAUAUGGACUCAAUGCUUAAGAUGCUGUCCCUCAGAUGUUUCAAUUCUUUAUUGUUUUCCAGGUUGCCCACAAGAUUCUCAGUACUGGAAAAUAUUUAAAUGUCAUUCGGCAAUGUGGUAAGCUUAUAAGCAGUCAACACAUUUUGUUCGCUCAACUAACGAAGUGAAUCACAGUGUUUAAUAAAAUGGCGGCACUGGCACACCUCCCUGUAUUUAACUGUUAUUCGGUCGUUCCCCGUUGAUGACACGUGGGUGCGUCGGUGAAUGAGUCAAAAAAAAAUUUGAAUUGAUUUAAUAAAUUAGCCUACAUGCUCCCGAAAAUGAAGUACAGAGGAACAAACUGGAAUGACAAAUGUUAGUGAUAUAUUAUUUUAUCUCGCAUCGGAUUCGACGGUCAUUUAUGUUGUGAGAAAGGACAAAAUUUCAAAAUUUCUUGAACAUAGAACAUAGUUAAAUGACAAUGUAGAAUGCCUCUUACAUGUGACUUCAGGCACUGGCGAAAGGAAAUUUUUGGAACAUGCCGAACAAAAGCUCUCUUAAUGGAUCCCUUAAAAGUAAAGGUUUUGAAACUUAAAAAAUCGUUUUGAAUUACAAUUGUAAAUAGAUAAGUUCACGUCUGAGAUAGUUUACCAUUUACUUCAAUUUUAGGUCAAAAUGUGCAGUGUCCUAAUGCUGACGAAAUAAUUUAUACCCUUCAUGAGAGAGAAUAUGUGGAAAAAAUUGAAAAAGCCUACAGUUACGCAAGCAAGACCUUACUAGACCUGUUAAUGGAUGACCGGGCACUGAUGGCUAGAUUAAGGUGAGAAUGAAGGACUCGUGUGAAGUUGUCGGUUUCUUUUUCUUAUUAUUUUGUUUCUUUCGAGAGUUUGAUCCUUUAAAACGUUUUUGUGCGAUAGCUGUAGAAAUGUUCACGCACUUAUUGGUUGCAGAGGGGAGGAGUCAUUUAUUUAGGGUACACAUAGGUAUAUGCGAAAGCAAAGGUUUAGGAUUGUGUAACCUUUUUUGGUCCGAAUUGCGAAUCAGCACAAGAUUCACGAACGUUGUGAUUUGAAAUGUGGUAAGUUUCUAGCCACUGGCCUGGACCUGAAGGGUAGUUAAAGGGUCGAUUUCCACUGUCGCGUACUUUUUACGUGCGAACGCGCGUAAAUUUUACGCUCGUAAAUAAAAAAGAGGCAAUUUCUGAAAGGUCGCGCAUAAGCGUAGAAUUUAAACCUCGCUCAAAUUUUACAUUUACGGAAUUCGCGUGACACUUCAUACAUCGCCCCUAUUUUUGUUUCGCACAUGAAAUUUACGUGCAUGUGUGGGCGAUUGUGGAAAUCCACCUUAAGAAGUAAGGACAAGUUGAACAACAUUUGGACUUUUCCACAUGUUGACGGACAACAGAAAGCAAUCCUUAGGUUGCUCGAUCAUUGAACAACGUGAACGAGCUGCAACCAGGGUUCUUACGGAGUCUGGCAUUAUUGCAAAGUCUUGACUUCCAGACUUCGAAAAAGAGUAGGAAGUGAAGAUAAAGUGUGGAAAAUGGUAAAUUUUUUUUAACUAUAACCCUGUCAUAAGGCGUAAUUUGAUCGUUCGGGAAAUUGUAGUCUUGAAAAGGGCCUGUUGUUGACAGUGACUGACGUUUCGACAACCUGUGCGGUAGGCUUUGGUAACCUUUUUCCGUUCCUUGGCUUACCGUUGUCACGACCACGCAUUCAGUCGUCUGUUUGUCUCAUGACACGACGCUCCUCCGCCUCGGGUGGAGCAUUGUGUGACGAGGCAAAAACGGCCGCGUAGGAGACCACCACAGGAGAGCUACUGAAGUCUCUGUGCACUCAUCUACGACAACUUUGGGGUCAUGUGGGGUAAAAGACUAUUAUGGCAUUCAGCCAUGAAGUCCAUACCCCACCACAGAUACUAAAGUGGACUUUCCACUAGGUCUAUCAAGCAUUACUUUCUCAUGGAUCUUGGAGAUUUCUUUGUUCAGUUCAUGGAUCUAGCCGAGGAUGAGAUGAAGAAAAAUAUGGAUGGUAUCCUUUAUGAUCUUUUUGUGUUAACAAGAUAACUGACUUCUUUACUUAUUACUUAUUUAAGUUGGUGCCUGCCGUAGUCUAUAGUAUAAUAGACAUCCAAUGGGCUGUCACCAAGGGCCGGGGACCGGGGACCGGGAAUUUCCCCCGGCUACUAUGACCAUCACCCCCAGCUAUUUUUAUAGGAAAUAGAUCCAAAACAACUUCCCAGCUGUUCUUUUCCCCACUUAUGUAAUUGCAUAUACCCCAGCAACUUGAAAUAGUAUUGACAGCCCUGGACCUACCAGUUUGAAUGCAAACAUGAGUGAACCUAUGGCUUUAUCCAUGGUUAAGUAUUGAACUAACACACGUUGUAGUUAACAAUUAUUUUGCUUGUGUUGAAAGAAAGUCAGAACUGGAUUUUAAGUAGGAUUUGUAAAUAGGAUUUUAAGGAAUAAUUAGUCAUUGUUUUUAGAAUUAGGAUGUGUACUGGGAAUAUAUUUUAUUUUAUAUAAAUGAAGCUUUUUAAUUGGAGGAUUUUGAAGAAUUAGGUAAUGGGCAGAUGGAAAUUUUUUGAUUGCUAUUUAUGCAAUACAAAUCAAUAACUGAUAAUAAUAUUAUUAUUACUAUUAUUUGUCUUAACUCGUAAGAAGUUGACCAUCUUCUGACGCCUUGUUACGUAUUGUGUGUGCUUUUUAUAUUAUUUCAUUCAUGGGGCUGAUUUUAAUCAAAUUGUCAAUAUUAUUUAUCUUAAUCUAAAAUUUCGCAGAUAUUAUGCCUUCCAGACUAGAGAACUUGUUAGAGUUAGCGUUAAGAACGAGCACAGCCAAUAGUGAUCCGUACAAGGAUGACUUGAGGUAAGUUACAGGUGCAAAUUCGUGAUGUAGACCUGAUAAGCUAGACGUUCCCAGUCCAUGAGCUUUUAAUACCUUGUAGAUUAGUUUUGUCAAUGUGCGUUUAUUGUCAUUAAUUUAAGUUGUUUAGAGGGAGUAAUACAAUGGAUAGGAGGUGAAACACGCCUUCUUUAUUCUUAAGAAAAUAAUGUUUAAAACCUUGUGACUAACUUUCUCCUAACAAUACUGAUACCUAUGUUACGGGUCAAAAUUAAAUUCAGGUUAAAAUUUUUUAACCUGGGUUGAUUCUCAAUUUCCUUUGUCUCAAAGCCCUAAUUAUUCAUGAAUUAAGAUCAGGAAACAGAGAAAAUUGAGAAUCAACCUGAAUUUAAUUUUGACCGGUAACAUCCACACAAGUUCAACAGAAAAGGCUAUGUGUAGCAGAAAAGUGUAGACAAAAUGAAUCACCUUUGAUCUCUAUCUUUUCCUCUCAACUGAUUCUUGAAGGAAAUGUGUGAAAAUCAGUCUAGAGAAUCAUUUUUAUGUGGUCUGGAUAAUGGGGCUUAUAAUAGUGUUACAAAAACUGGAAACUGCAUGUCGGCCUAGCUUGGGUAUUUCGUGUUGGGUGGGUGAGUGGGGUUUGGGGUCAGCCGUUGCUAUUGUCAAUUGGAACGUCUUAGAAGAUUCCUACAUCACUUGUCUUUUUCUCAACCGAAAUUCUAAUUGAAUGCCUGCCAAAAAAUUCCAGUGAUAAUCUGGAACUGGAUUAUUGACCAUUAUUUGUUUGUUUAUUUGAAGCUAAAAAAAAGAACAUGCAGCUUAGGUAUAAUUUAGUUUUCGUCUGUUUGAUUGUUUUUGUCUUGCACAGUUUGUAACAUGUUUUUUUCCCUUGUUGCCUUAACAGAGUUGAUUUGCUUCCCUACGAUCUGAUCACUCAACUGUUUCGUAUUUUGUCUGUCGCCUAUGACAGCAGAGGUAAUAUAAUAUGAACAACUGUACCGUAACAGAAGGUAGCAGUUAUACUAGGGUUUGCUUUCCAUUUAUAUAAGGGCGGUCUUUGUGUGGUGGUCUUCAAUUGUUCACCUUGAGUGUGAUGCAAGCGAAGCAGCUCAGAUAAGAUAUAGAUAAAGAAAAGUAAAGAAAUAAGCCAGUUAUCAUCCAUCGUUGAAAACUAGUUGAUAAGUAGACAGAGAUGUCUGCAUGGAAUUACAUUUACUGUAAACUGGCGUCAAAUUCAACUUGACAAUUUAAAAAGUUAGAAAAUGAGCAGGUAAAAACCGUCUAAAAUAACUGUUCUGGACACAGACGCGAAACUACUUACUCUUGUUUGGAUGUAAUAAUCUGUAACCGACAAGCUAGAGAAAAAUUGGUCAUGUGUUACAAAUUGACUUUUGCUGUUUGCCAAAAACUUGACUGCUUUACUCUCCGAAAACUUAGCAGUUAUUAUAUGAAGCUUAAUAUGAUUUGAAGAAUUAUGCAGAUCGAGGCCUUGACACCACCCUUCUCGGUUGCCGUACAUUUUUUUGGCUAUACCCUGUGCUAUUUACGUCAUAUUACCGGAUAUCCCAAAUGUCUUCCAAAUUUUGUCAACGCCAGCCGGAAUUAGCUGCGGGGUUUGAACCAGUCAGAAAGGGAGAAAUACUUUGAAUGAAUAAUAUUAAACAUUAUAAGCACCAUUUAACAGUUGAGCUUGAAGUAACAACGUAUUUUUCAGGUGCAACAUCUUAUAAUCAAGAUCCUACUGAACUCCAGAUCUCAGGUUAGAUGUCGAUAUUUUGUUAUCUGUUCAACACCUUGUAAUGAUAUGUCUACUGGACGGGUGGAACGCUGUUUCUGCAACAGUUGUUGAUGAAACUAAUUAUCACACUGAUGUAUGUAGGACUUGAAGCAUUUUCAUUCGAUUACGUGGUGAAGUGGCCUGUAUCAUUAAUUUUAAGUAAGAAGGUGAGAAUUUCAUACUUUUUACUUUGACAGUGAAAUCUGUAAUUUGACUUACUCCCUCCAUAUCGAGCGAGUCGGAGUCGUAAUCAGAAGGGUAGAACUUUACGAUCUAGUGAAUACAGCGUUCUGAUUCCGCUUACGACUCUGUCGCUUACGAUCUGGUGAAAACUGGGUUGUCGGAGUCACAAGCAGAAGCGGAAGAACUAAACCAAUCACAAAGCGUGGGAACGUACAUAUUGUGAUUGGUUUAUUCUUCCGACUCCCGCAAUCUGGUUCUCACUAGAUCGUGAACGACAGAAACAUAAGCGGAGUCUGAAGAAGAUGGAAACCUUCUGAUUCUGCCGACUCCGAUUCCAUCGCGCUUAUGACUCCGCUUACCAAUCCGAUUUUUGAUUUUCACUGAGUCAUAAGCGCUCUUACGACUCCGCUUACAACUCCGACUCCGUCGCUAGUGAAAACCUGCCUUAAUAAUGUUAUGUUUUUUUUCUUCUUCUUCUUCUUCUUUCAAGGCCUUAACUAAGUACCAGAUGUUGUUUAGGCAUUUGUUCUAUGCCAGACACGUAGAAAGACAAUUGUGCAAGUAAGUUAACCAUGGAGAACUAGCAUAAUAUGUUUCGCAAAAUGUCAUUUUGAAAACAAGUAAGCUAGUAAGAUGUGCAUGGGCACUGAGACUUGGUCAAGGGUGCGUGGAGGUCAAUGUAGCCAAACGGUAGCAUGCAAAAAACACUUAGCGGUCUUACAGAGUUACUCCCAGCGGUAUGUAAUUACUUAUACAUGAGGGUAGCGAGAGACAAAGUGCAGCAAAGUCUCUUGUGUAAGGAAACAUCGGAUGGCAGAGGGAAGAGAGCCCGUCACUUUUGAGUACUUUAGUAUGGCUUGAACGAGAACACAAUAUGUACCUUUUCCAUGGCAUUAGGUAUGUUGAAGCCUUUAAAAUUAUAAAAUAUAGAUGUUCUUAAGGUUUCACUAAGAUUCUCCCUUUUACCUAAUACGGCGUUCUUCCUGGCCUUCACGGGUAUGACAUUUCGGUAGCAUAAUAGCCUGCAAGUAAGCUCUCCGGGGCGCUCUGGCGAUGGGGCGGGAAAAGGAAAGAGAGCUUGAAACUACGUCUCUGGAAUUUGAAUAUCUGCAUCGAAAAAGUCGAUGCAAAACGCUGAUUGGCGGAGGCGUCAUUACCCUUGGCACGUGUUUUUCAAUGUCUGUUUGCAUUCGCGCUCGUUUCCUCUUCGUGCUGAUUAGCGAAAAUCUGAGAGUUCAAAUGACGGUUAGCCACAGGGGAAUUGGAGAUGGAAUUCAAAUUUCAGAGACCUAAUUGCAAGCUCUUCUUUCCUUUCCCACCCUGCCGCCAGAGCGUCCCGGAGAGCUUGUUCGCAGGCUAGUAGCAUAACUGAGACGAGCGCUCGGUCAAGGGCAAUUACGCUGGGAUCACUGGGCUGCGCUCGGAAGGUCCAUCAUUGUUAAUUGACUGUUCAGGGACAGAACCAACAGGCAUCGCUACUGAAUGCAGAAAGUGUGUUUUCCUUUGCAACAGAACGUAGGGGUUGCAUUCCUUUGAUAUUUAAUUGUGAAUUAAAAAGCCUAAAUAUUCUUUGGCUUUGUAUUUUUCCUUCUUUCCAGUGUCUGGGUCAGCAACAAGCGAGCAAAGCAGUUCACUCUGAACUCUUCCCAUUGGUAAGAUUUAUGGACUAUUUUAUGAAAUUACAACAGAAUGCCGGAAGGGAUCAAUCAAGGUUUUCUGGAAAACUGCCCACCUACCCCUCCCCUGAGUCAACAUAAACACUGACUUCUCACUUAAGGCAAAAUUGUGACUUAGGGGAGGGGUAGGUGGUCAGUUACCCAGAAGCCUAAAUUGAUCCAAAAUGCCCACCCUCACUGUCAGCCAAUGUUUUACAAACUAUCAUCCCCGGAAAGUAGAAAAUGAAUUGAUUUUUGUUAUUGGAUUCAAGUAUUCGGUUAGUAAACAUGAGAUUCUGACGAGUUUCAAAAAAGUACCAUUUGGCUUCUUCUUUUCAUUGGUGGACCAGAAUAGAGUGGAGAUCGUGCGUCAGGACCGAGAAACAUAAAAGAGUCUAAGAAUGGAUGUUCUAAGAAUAGAUGUCUUGAAACCUCAGUUGUCUUAUUGCUACCUGAAUCUUGUGAUACUGACUGUAUUGUGCGUGACCUCAGGUAUGCUGCAGCGUUCGCCCUGCGUCAGAGGAUGUUGCACUUCGUACAAACCUAUGAGCAUUACAUGAUGUUUGAAGUCCUGGAACCCAGCUGGCAUUUAAUGGAAAAAAGUCUGAAAACGGUGAGAUCGGUGACUUUAUCUCCGAGUGCUGAAUAGAAUUAACCACCUCUCAAGUAUCAUUUUUCACGCACAAACUUCCUCUUACUGGCUUAAGCUUGUCAUGAGCCAAUAAACCAGAGUGAGCAAUUCCCAUACUAGACCUAUGUCACGGCGUUUUCACCUCCUGGUUUAUUCUUAGAUACAUCGUAGAGCUCUCCUUAAGAUGGAGACCCCGCCCCGUCUAUGAGCGCAUUCGAAGUAUACGAUAUCAAGAAGGAAAACAAACCUUCAUUAAAAGGUUAAAAUACUAUUUUUGGGUCUCUGGGGUUCGCUGACAGUUUUGUUCUAAAAAUUAACUGGUCACUGAAAACGCCGUGACACGAGUACAUGGAAGAUGCUCGCUCCGGGCCAUUGGCUCCUGGCUUGUUUGGAAUGGUAAGUUUCAUUGUUCAUAAAUGAAUUGCUUACCGAAGGUGGUUGAGGAAGGUCUAAUUUGGUAAAAGCCGAGAGGUUCGACGAAUCCGGCGAUUUGUCCAGUUUAAUGUUUCAUUUCCUUCACAGGUAACAAACAUCGAUGGCGUCCUGGAGAAUCAUAAUGACUUCUUGGACCGCUGUCUUAAAGACUGCAUGCUCACAAACCCCGAGUUACUAAAGGUGAAGUAAGCUAACACUAACAGUUACUUCUCACUUAGGGCAAAAUGUUGGCUUAGGGGAGGGGUAGGUGGGCAGUUUCCCAGAAACCUAAAUCGAACCAGUCCAUCUUAUGAAGGUAUCCUGCUUACGGAGUGGCCAGGGGAUGGCAAGGACCAGCUAAAGGUGGUGUCCGUCUUAUAGGGGUGUACUUUAAGAGAAAUGUAACUACUUAACGAUCUGAGAACAACGUCUUCAAUGUUUCUAUAUGCAGUCAGGCAAUCACCAUAAUUGGCUAAAGGGGAGUACAUAAAGGGUUUGACAAGCGGCAAUUUCAACAGUUUCCUCGGGUUCAGGGUUGGUUGCACACACUAGUGGUUACUGGAAUCAAAGAAAGAUCUGUGUAAAUCAUCCUUUGAUGAUCGAGGUCGGUCGCAGCAAUCCCUUCUUAUGCUUCCUAGUGAAUAUAUGUCAAAAUCACCCAUGGUGUAUGCGUUUUCCUUCCCGUAUGCUGCCUUUUUUGAGAGUCUUGUUUGAUUGACAUAACUAAAUAACAGAAAGCACGUGACGAGAGGAGAAUAGCUUCACUAAUCUAUUCGCGUUGCUUGUUUGCGUUCGCACGAAUUUCCGACCUUUCGCUUAGUCACUCGAAAAUUUUCUCUUCGGUACAUUUCCUCCUUUUUGCCGUUUUCACGAAAUGUCAUUGCAGGGUGAUGCCAAGCACAGUGUCAUGAAUAACUGGGGGCUUAAAUGUACCUGACCUACGUUAACGCAAAUCGUGAUAAUUGUUUUAGGUUGUGAGUAAAUUGAUGCUGGUGUGUGUAACAUUCACAAAUUGUAUGCAGGUGAGUUUGAUUUCUAUUUAUUUAUUUCGAUUUAUUUUAGAUUUAGAUUUAGAACACUUUGACCACUUAACACAACAGAUAUGGGCUUCAACUUACGUGUUACCUAAAGUUAGCUAUUAGUUAGGCGUGGUCACUACCAGAGAUUGUUACGUCCCUAGUGCUUCUUUCACGUCCCACAAGAGUGCUGUGAGACGAGGUCUGUGAAACUGUGAGUUAAAACGCGGGACGAUUAUGUUAUUACUCUGAAGUUGUACGCAGUGCAAGGUUUAUUUGCCUCCUCCAAUACUUGUUUAUUCUCGUGUGAACAGUCGUAAAAGAAUAAACAGACCCGUGUGGACACAGUGCGGCAGUUUCUGAACAUGUGUCGCCAUUUCUUUAUUUCAGCGGUUCACUCAAAGUGCCAGUGUAGAAUCACAGGAGACCGAUGCCCCUGGUGUGAGUCCAAUGAACAAGAGAGGUCCCCCACCAGGAGAACAGGAGAAAAAGAAAACUACUUUCAAGGUUCACCGUCGUUCGUCUGUCUUAGUUUUUUAUUUUUGUAUGCGUUUGUUUGUUUGUUUGCUUGGUUUGGGUGUCAACAGUUCAAGUAGAGGUCGGAAAUUACACUGUGCAGGUCCUUGACCAAGAAACUUUGCUAAGAGAUUUAUCUAAAUAUCGUGCAAAUUCAUACGUCCUCAGUUCGUCAGCUUUUUUGCCUGACAAGGAUCUGUCUCAGACUUCCGAAAGUUCCACUGCGAGGUCAUGUUUCCUAUUUAAGGUUAAGAUUCUUACUUUAGAAUUCGUUUCACUGUGCUUGCCGAUCCAGUAAGAACUUUCACAGUCCCUUAUUUUCUCGUGCGAUUCUCGUGUUCGAUCGCUGAGUUCGAGAGGCGGCCGUCAAUAUUUUAUGUGGCGAGCGAAAUCUGACUUCUGAGGAGAACUAAAAAAUUACCCAUGGUAUUUGGGGAGGGAUGUUUUACUCUUCUUGUAUUUCUCUCGCGUAUGAAGUCUCAGUGACGAACUUUUGAUCUUUACUUUUGCCCCGAAAAAAGGUUUAAGGGCUGUGAACAGUCUAUGGCUCAGUGAAAUAGGUUUGAUGUUUUUUUGGUGUGUGUAUAGGUUGUGUCUGAUCAUGUAGAUCAAAUGAUCAGUGGAGAAGACUUUGAGCGCACCAUCCAGAAUUUUGAUAGCAACUUUGCGCUUCAUUUAAUGGAUCUACUGGAGAAACUGAGUCAUUACUCUACAAUCGACUGUGAACACCAGAUGCUGAAUAUUAUUGCUCGGCUGGACCACAAUGGAUAUUACACUGCACAACUGGAAAAGAGAGCAGCCGGCCAAGGUAUGUAGUCAUCACACGUGUAUGUGUAUCUUACCUUAGUCAUCGCCUUCGGACGCGAGCAUCGUACAGGUGGCUGAAGAAGGUCGACUCGCUUUCUUGUUCAUAUCCUUCAAAAACAGCCGCCAUUUCGCAACGACACCACUGGUUUCCCUGCAAAAUGACGUCUGAGAGCUUUUUUGUAUUACCUGCUCAUGUAAAAGUACCAUUUUUAUAGUGGCUAAUUCGCUUAAGUGAUGUAUACGUUUUGUACUCGUAACCAGGGGUACUUACUUUUAUACAUUGGAAAACCGGAAAUUCCGGUUAGAAAAUCAAAUGUUUCUUGCCAUUCCAUUUGGGAAGCUUUAGAAAAUAUGACCUGUGAUGUGAGCUGAUGAAAUUCUCCUACUCUAUGUAGUCUGUUCAGUUGAUCUAGCUAUGCUUUGUAGCGGGUCGUUCUUCCACCACUUCAAAUAAUUUCAGUGGUUUUAUGUUUCUGCGCCAUAUUUUCACCCGGAUGGUUUUUGUAACUGGUAAGCAUCUUAGGUAACUUUUUUUAAUUAUUAUUUUAAUAGAUACCAGUGGACCCCCAACGCCUAAGACCCCGACUAAAUCCUCCUCGUCUUUAUCAGCUGCAGCCGAGAAUCAGAUGCGGUCAGCGGCUUCAUUAGAUCAGCUCCCAGACUCCAGUCGCGCGCUCAAGUAUUCACUAAAACCCCCUUCCCUACCUGACAUGUCGGACGGUAAAGGAACGAAGAAGUAAACUGGCAGACAAACGGCGUCACUAUAUCUCAACACGAGCUGCAUGUGGAAUAGAGACAUAAGAGUUCGAUUCGAGAUACCCAGGGCGGGUGGCGGUAUGCAGGAAACCCUGGGGUUUGUUUCUUUGUUUUUUUAUCUUGAAACAAGAGUUGAUGUAAAUAAUUCAAGAGAGUUAUGGGGGUAGGGCUAAAGUAAAAUAAGAAAAAGGGGGAAAGAAAUGGCUUACGCUUACCAAAGCAGCAGAGGUGAACGUUAUCCACAAGACAAAUCACUGCCAUAUCUUGUACAACUAGGGCUUUAUUUUUUUUUUGGCUGCUGCUUUCUUCCACAUAAACCUCUCUUAAGUGGACUUCUAUCCUAAGGG